AUGGGGAGGCUGAUACGGUAUUUGGUGAGUUUUAUUUUUUUUUUCUCGAAAACUUAUUUUUCUCCCAGGUUACCGCGGUUUUCCUUGGUGCGGCCCUUCCUCGAGGAUUGGGUAAUUUCUGAAAAAGUGAAGCUUUUCUCAAGAAUUGAUAACUUCAGAUGGACUCACUUGUGAUAUGUUAGACUGCCCCACGGGCUUCAGUUGUGUGAUGGUCAAUGGAAAUCCCGAAUGCCAUGAAGGUGGGAAAUCGGAGGAAAAUCAGGAGAAAUAAUAAUUUUUUUCUUCAGGAGGAACUCCCGCGCCAGUCAACCCAUCGGGUUUGUCAAGCAAUUCCCUUAACAUUGAUUUUUUCAAAUUCGAUUUUUCUAAGAACAGCCUUCUGUACUAUGUUUCUGAAGAGUUCAUUUCAAAACCAAUCUCCAAAAAAAAAAAUAGGAACGAUAGAAAUUCAGCUAUUCACAAACCUAGAAAACUUUCUUAGAAAAAUAUUUAUAAAUAUUAUUUUUUUAGAAGGAACGCCACCUCGAGCAGUGGACCCAACAGGUUUGUUGAAAAAAAUCCUUUUUAAAAAAAUCCAAAAAUUUAGCCUGUAGCAAUCUCGUUCCGCUUUAAGCUUCAGAGUUGUUCUUGUCAAUUUUUGAGAGCUUCUGAAUUUUAUUUCAAAUCGAUUAAAGCCGGAAAGAAAAUUUGAAAAUACACGACUCCAUCCAGAAAGUUUAAUUGAAACUUUUUCAUGACUUAAAAAUACAAGAAUAUUCAAGAAAAAGGAGGUAAAUGUGAAGAAGAAUGAAAUCUUCCUUUCAGAAUCAACUCCAGUCCUAGUCACGGACCCGCCACCUACAAUUCCGCCAGGUUUGUCCAAGAGUUUCAUUGGACUUGGUUUUGAAACGUUCAUGAUUUUCCAGAAUGGAUUCGUAGGUUCAGUAGGAUAAACUUGCUUCACCUUAAUAUUUCAGAGUUUUUGGACGAGUUUUGAAAUUUUAGAGCUUCAUAUCAAACCAGAGAGAAAUGAACUAACCAGUAAGAAGGUUGCAAAAAUUCCAGAUUUCGAGUUAAAGCUAAACUUUUCUUGUUAUCUUUUUUUAAUGGAGAAUAAAAAUUGAGCUCAUUCUUACCAGUUAGAAAAGAAAAGAGAGAGUAGGAGAAAAGUUAGAAGUCUAUUUUUUUAAGCGGGUAAACUAAAAAAAGGCUUUGAUUUCCUUUCUGUUGGAACAAAAAUUUGAAAAAAACUGUGAAAUGCUUACAAAUUCAUUCAAUUCAAAGUUUUAUUAAAUACUAGCGAAUGAAUUGAUUUAAUAACUUCAAAAAAAUAGAUUGAAGAUAUGAUUUUUUUCACUUUAAUGCAGAAUAAAGCGAAAGCGCCACUUUAAAAUGAAGGCUAUUAUAAAAAUAAAGAUUGGAAAUUAUAGGUAGCGAGCAGGAAAAGUGCGCGACGAUCAAAUGCGAAGAAGAGUUCCACUGUGUGGUGGACACGCAAGGCAGCCCACAUUGUGCGAGAAGUGAGUGAAAAAGAGAAAAAUGACCAAAACUCAACACUGACUGAUUUCAGUAAGAAAGAUCAGCAACGAAACGAACACGGUGUUGACCUGCGAGAACACCCGAUGCGUCCGUGGAACUUGCGCCGUCAUGCAGUCUUGCGACCAGUCCGGCUGUAUCGUUGCGCCGCGGUGUUUGGGCAGAAAUCGUGGGUUUUUAUCAUAAUAGAGAUGUGUCUUGAUAGUUGGAUUUUGAAAGACUACUGAAAAAAAAGGAUACUGAAAUAAUGAAAAAUUACGAUGAUUUUUGCUUGUACCUUUAAAUUGAUUUAAGGACAGUCAGAGAGUGAGCAAGAUAACAAGAUUUUUUUGGAGGGUCAGAGAUCCCUGAAAUGACUGAAACUGUAAAGUUCAUUUAUUUAUUUAUUUAUUUCACUCAAACACGAAAAUACAGAGUAUUAGAAAAAGUUAAAACCGUAUUUUUCUAAAAGGUGACUUUCAAGAUAUUCCCAGCCAUUCUUCUUUCAGAACAAAAAAAAAUUUUAAAAUUUUUGCUUCAGAGAAUCAUUUCUGGAGCGACCUUAACCUUGAAAAAUUUAAAAACCGAUUUUUCAAAAAGAUUUAUUUUCAAUUUAUACUUAGCCAAAGACUGUCAAAGCUUUUUUUAUGUUUAUUCAAUAUAAUUCUCAUAGCUUUCUUUAAAAAAAUUAAUCCGACUUGAAAAAAUCUCAGGAUCCAUCAUGCUUGCUUAACGUAAUGGGUAGAGUUCAGACUUGGAAAAGUGGAAAAAAAAAAUGACUCGAAAUUUUCAUUUUACGACAAAGUUUAGGCAUUCCGCUACUGAAUAAAACUAUAAAUCAAAACUAAGAAAUCGAUAUUAUGAACAUUUUUUUAAACUGAUAAGUGUGCGAUUAAAACAAGACAUACCAAAAUAAACUUACCCGAUGUAAAAUAUCAACAGAAAAGAAGAUGAAGCACUGAAUUUCAAACCUUGAAAGAUUCAUUUUCUAUUUAAUUAGAUCUUUCGCUCAUUUUUCUUGAAUCAAGUUUCAUAAGCUCAAUACUUUUUAGCUUGUGCGAACACGGUCUGUCCACCCGGCAGCGAAUGUCGACUCAUGGAGCCGCUUUGCUCGACUCAGCCAUGGUUAUUUCUAUUCCUUUCCCCCUGAAAAUAGCCCGUUUUGAACAUUUAGCGUGACCUACACCCAGUGUUACAAGCCAACCGUCGAGCCGCCACAGUGCAAGGCUAACGAAGUAAAAAAAAGCAAAGGAACAACCAAAAAAUGAUCGAAUUUGAAGGUUGCCACGCCCUGCUACAACCCCUGUCUCGACAGAUUCUGCUCUCGCCAGAACCUUGUGAGUUUCCAUGGGAUAAUACUCGUAAAGGGAUUUGAUUGAAAAAUAAUCCUGAAAAGCUUGAAAUCUUUUUUGAAAACCCCUUCGAUAGUUCCAUCCAGAAAAAAAGCUUGAAAAUGAUAAAUUCACGUCAAGUUUUGCUUCUUCAUUUUUCACAUGACUAUGUACGAAUUCGAAAAAACUCAUACAUGAGCUCAAAUUUAUAAGUUUAGUUCAAUUUCUCUACUUACGGCCGAAAAUCAAACCCAAAAGCUCAAAAAUGUUUUCCCAGCAAUUUUAAGAAGCUUUGAUUAAAAAAAAACCCCGGAAAGUGUAUUCGAGGCUGAAAAAGUCCAAGAGAACGCGCUCCACGGAGAAAGUCGUUUUAUGACUGUUUUGCACGGUUUUCAAAGCUUUAAAUCAAGAGAAAUAUAGAUAAUUCGCGAGAACCUAUCUGUGUAGCGCAACUCGAGAUUUGAAUUAAAGUUUGAAGUUUACAAAGAAACUGUAGUUCAUAAAAAGUUAAAAUGUAGAAGAUAUGAUAGAAAAAUCAAAAAUAACCGAAAUUGAAGACCUGCGCCACUGAGUGCUCAGCUGGAUGCGAAUGCGCCGAAGGGUACUUCCGAAAUGCCGAGAGCGUCUGCGUCAAACAGGCCGACUGUCCUACAAGUAUCCCCCGAACUUUUUCCGAUUUCGCGAACCCCAAAAUUUGAGCGAAACCAAUCGAUUGCGACGCCAUCGAGUGCCCGAAAGGCUUCAAGUGCAAACCGACCGAAGACGGACCUCCAAUCUGUAUCAAAGGUCAGAAAGUUCUGAAAACGAAAUGAGAAAAAAAAAAUAGGAUGAUAAGAAAAUAACCUGCAUAACUCAUAUCUACGAGAAGCUAACCUGUCUGCGCUCUCUUAUUACUCCUCGCCUUUCUUUGGUCACUCAGGCGAGAGAAAAGAGAGCGCAGACAUGUCAAACGGUCUUAACAAAACAUAAAGUUUCGAAAUUGGGCUUCAACAUUCUAGGAAAAAAUAUUCUUUUUUCAAUAAUUCAUAUAGUCUGUUCACUUUUUGAAUGUCAAGUAGAAUGACGUCAUUCGAAAACGCUUUCUGGAUGGUUCGCUCUCUGAUUGGUUCAUCGCGUCAUUAUGGGCGGAGCUUGAGCGACGACUUGACAUUCAAAAUCUGAACAGACUAUACUUCUUUCGAUCCUUGUUCAUUGCAAAUCUCAAAGAAGCUAUAAUUUUUCGAAAUAGGUCUUCAAAUGAUUAGACAUAGUGCACAACUUUCUGCCCAUAAAUGAGUAUACAAAAUGAAUUUUUCCUUCGAUACAGAAGGAAACGGUAACCUGACCUGCGCCAACACUCUCUGUCCCGAGCCGAAAAUUUGCGUCGAUGCUCAGCUUUGCCGCGGCAAAAAAUGCUUCUUCGAACCCGUCUGUGUCGACAAAAAUCGUUUGGAAACUCUCAAAACUUUAAAAAAAACGUGUUUCAGCUUGUGACGGAGUUGAAUGUACCAAGGGAAGUGUCUGUCGACCAGUUCAGACCCAUUGUCGCCGCAGACCUUGGUGAGAUAUCGAAAAAAGCUCAAAUAUUAGGUUUUCCUCUUCAGCCCGAUCGUUCCUCAGUGCUACACUCCCAACCAGGACAGAUGUGGAGAGAAUGAGGUAUGCAAAGAAAAUCCUAAAAUUAUUCAAUCCAGGAAGAAUGAGAUUAAAAAACAUCUUUUUUUUCAAUUUUACUGAGUCCGAGAUCUUUUUUCCGAUACAUGGCUGUCGAGUGCUUCCAAAAAAUAUUUUCAAGGAACUCUGGGAAAAACUGAGACCUGGUUUCAGAGACCAUUUCACACCUAAAAGUUCACCGAUUUGACUUUUUCAAAUCAAAACGUUAUUUUUAUCUUUCAAGGUCCACUCCAAAUGCUUCACCGACUGCACCGAGCCCCGAUGCUUCGAAUCAAACACUGUAAAAAUCACCAGAAUACAAAUUUGUACUCAACAAAAUAUUCAGCCGUGCCCCGGCGUGUGCAAGAGUGGCUGCACCUGCAAGAAAAACUUUGUUCGUAACGCAGAAGGAAAAUGUGUGGCGAAGAACAAGUGCGGUGAGUACUGCUGGAAAAAAAAAUCCAAUUUUCUUCUAACAUGAGCAAUAAAUUGCUAGCUUGAGGAUUUUUUUCCAUAUUCAAAAAUCGCCUCAAAAAAUUCACAUCACAAAUAAAUAUCGAAAUAUUUCCCUUAAGUGAACCCUUGCCGCCCUGGAGUCUGCCCACCUGACACAGGCUGCAUCGUCAACAGCGAAGGAAAGCCCGUAUGCGUUACAAGUGAGUUGAAACGUGAACUUAAUGUAGAUUGAUGAAAAAUUGUUUCAGCGGGUUGCAAUGACAUUCAGUGCCCACCUGGAAGUCGCUGUGAAAUCAGAGGAGGCCCAGUCUGCAUUCCUACAGGUGAGAGCCAAUUCAGAAAAUGGAAUAAAUUCCCAUUUUUUGGCCAAAAAAUUCAUUAUGAUCUUUGAAAAAAUCGGGAGAGUUUUUUUUUUGCUCAGUAUAUGAACUACAAACGAAGAUAAGUCAAAAAUCGAGAAAUUUUAAAAAAGUUGUAAAAAGUUCGAAAUUUCAUUCUAGCGAAAAUUGUCCAUGGAACGCAUUUUCACCAAAAUCUCUUUUAGCUGGGAGUCCCGAAUGAAAAUCUUAAUAAAUUGAACUUUUCCAGCUGUUUCUCGAAGAACUAUCCGUUCUUCAACUAAAAAUUGAGAAGCAGGGUUUCAAAUAAAUUUUACACUCUUGAAUCAAAGUCCAUCAAAAUUUUUUCUCGUUAAAUCCACUUAUAUCCCACUAAGAAGUCUCUUUUGAAAACUAUAAGUGAAUUUCAGGAAACGGCACUGGCAACGGAACCGAUCCAUGUGAAAACUGCGAAGCCCCCUCGACCUGCGUCACCGUGGAAUACUGCAGAAAGAAGUGCACCUGGACCAAGACCUGCCUCAAUGAAAACCGUGAGUUUUGCGGAGAUUGACACAAAUCGCAAGCUUGAUGGCGCAAACUUGGUGCAUUUUUUUUAAAAUUAUAUUUUCUCGCUUGUUUUCAAUUGUAAAAUUCCAAUUUCACUUAGCAUUUCAGAUUAAAAAAAAGCACUGCGACCGCAUUUUCAUUCGAAUAUCUAUAGAGUGAAGAAAUUCAGUACAUUUUUUUGUUGAUGGAACGAAAAAAAUGAAAUUGAACUUACAGAGAAUAUGAAUUUACAAUGUUAUUUCAUUAUUAUUUUUUUGCUAGCUCUCAGAUUUUUUUAGAAAAAUAUUUUUUUUAGGAUUUUCGCGUGAAAUAAAUUGUUUUGGUCGUUUUGUCACCGUGUCUGCGUAUUUUGCGCCUAGAGAGAACUCGAAAAAUUUUCUGAAAUUUUUUUACGUUUUUCAAACUUCAAAACUACGUUACGCGUUUGGUACAAAGUUCUCAUAGACGAUUCGCAGUCUUUAAAAUUCAAAAGAAUUUUCGAAGCUUGCCAGGGAAUUAUGUUGUUUCUUGUGCAAACACCGCGUCUUGAUUUUAUUAUUUUCUCGCCUUAUUUCAGCUUGCGCUACUCUUCAAUGCCCACCAGAAGAUCAAUGCAAACUCGUCGUCACCCACUGCUCACCAAAAUCUUGGUGAGUUCUAAUGUCUUCAUAUUUUUCUGUGAAGUCAAGAAUCAAAUGAUAAAUCAUUCUUUUUCAGCUUGGCUGUCGCCCAGUGCGGAAACGGAACCGGCCACCAAACUUGCGGUGACAAUGAAGUAAGAAAAAAUUCAGAAAAACAGAAAAUUAGCUUCAAAUUUCAGGCUUUCUCCCAAUGUGCCAACCCUUGCUUGGAGCCGAAAUGCAAUCAGCCUGCUGAGGUUGAAAAAAUUGGAGAUUUUCGAAGGAUUUGAUGAAUAUUUAGGCUUGCCCAUUGGGUUGCAAGCCUGGAUGCAAGUGUGUCGAAGGAUUCUACAGAAAUGAACAGAACAAGUGUGUCCGACAGUCGGAUUGCCCAACGGGUGAGUUUGAGAAGUUUAAGAAGAGAAAAUUCAAAAAAAAAAGAAAUUUAUCAAAGCUAGAUUGCCCCCGCUAACUAAUUAGCAUUAGAAAACCGCAAAAACCACAUUUAUUUUGUUUCGAUUUUCAUAAAAAAGAAAGGAAAAGUUUUGCUUCUUUCCAUAGUUUGAAAAACGACUUAAAGUGUGCUCUACCGAGAAAAUAGAGCGGAAACAUUUUUUCUUCGAUAAUUUCCUAAAAAGUACUAAUCUAGAAUAGAAAAGGUUUCCAGAAACUCAGGAAGCCCCCAGAAAAAAUUUAUCUUUCCUUAAUUUUUGUCCUGCGCCUUAAAAAAUUCAAAAAUGCUUCGAGCUCCAUAUAAAAUUAUGUAUCCACGGCUAGCUUGGGAGGCAAAGAUGCGUGACCUGUCUGCGCUCUCCACCAACCAGACACUGUCUCUUGUCGUGUCAGGACCUUUUUUCGAUACCUCAAGCCAGCCGUGACAGAAAAUACCAACACAACCCCUCUUUCUUCAGUCCCACCAUUGACCUGCGCUAAUGUCCUUUGCCCCAAGGGCUUCAAAUGCGAAGAGACGGCCGACGGUCCGCGUUGCACCAGUAAGAAUCCCAAGAAAAAUGGAAAAUGCUCAAAAAUAACUUCUAAAGAGGCGCCGCCAACUGGAAACCCGACGUGCGCCAACAUCGACUGCCCAAAAGGAUACAAGUGCAAGAUGGUCGGAGCCUGUUUCCACGACGGCUGCCGCAAAAUCCCGACCUGUGUCAAAGGAUACGAUCGUGAGAAUCCGACGGAAGGAGAUCUUUAAAAUGCGGCCUUUCAGCGUGCAGCAAGGUCCACUGUCGCAAGGGAAGCGUCUGCACUCUCGUCCGAACUCAGUGCUACAGAACUCCAUGGUGAGUUUAAGAAAGGAUAGAGAAGGGCUUGAGGGAAUGGAAAAACGGAAGAAGAGUCACGUUUUUGUAUAAGGGUUGAUUAGGCUUAGGUGAACUUUAUAAAAACUGAGGUAGACUUCAUGAAAGCUGAUACUCUACAGAACGGAUAAAACAACUCGAAAUUGUUUAAAUUCCAAGAAACGAGUCUGUUAUCUUCCCAAAUAUCACCGAAACUAGAAAUUGAAUUUUUGAGCUUCUCCUAAUUUUUAUUAGCUUAAAAAUUGAAAAAUUAGGCUUCGUACUGUGGUAAGCCACAAAAAAUAGUGUCCAAAUCAGGGGUUUUCGGGGCCAGAAAAGUAGAAUGUUCUCAAGAAAAAAAAACAAAAGCUCACAAUAAAGACCCUUGAACUUUCCGAAUUCUAGCCCAAUCGUCGCUCAAUGUAUCGUUCAACCUGGAGGACCAUCUUCAUGCCCCAAGAAUGAGGUGAAAAAGGAGAAAUUAGAAAUUUUUGAAAAAAUAAAUCGGUUCAGAUUCUCUCGGACUGCUUCAGUAGAUGCUCUGAACGCAGAUGCAGACCUCUCAGCGGGGUAAAAAUUGAUUUUUCGCUUGAAAUACCUGAAAAGAAUUUAGUGCACCUAUAAUUUCUUGAACUUAACAUAUGACCUUAAAGUUAAGGUUUCCCUUAAUCAGUGGACUUUUGAAAAAAUACAUAUAUUUUUUACUCGACCAAUCUGUUCACUGAAAAAAGGUAAUUAUUGAUUUUCCAGGUGUGCCCAUUGGCCUGCCGAAAGGGAUGCACUUGCGCUCCAGGCUUCUUCCGUAACAAUCAGGGAACUUGCGUCCGCAAAAACCAAUGUGAAGGCGGUCCCGGCGGUAAGAUUUCCGUGGAAAGUGCGCUCCAACGAAUUAGGCCUCUUAUUGGCUGGUAUAGCCCUUUUUGGAGUAGUUUGAGGAGGCGAGUCUGAGAGUUGGGAGCGAAAUUUUCAGUUUUAUCCAGAAUUUCAUAUUAUUUUAUAUUCAGAGAGAAAACUUUAACAAAAAUAACACGAAAAGGUGUUAAUGAAAGAUACAGUUUGAAAAAAAAAUCAGCCAUCUUGGAGAUUUUGGCUCUACGGGUUUUUUGUUCUUAAAGGUCCUUAUGAAGCUUCAAAAUAAACUGCUAGGGCAAAAAGUAGAUUUAAAAGGGUCUCAAAUACAUUAGUGAUUUUAAUACGAGAAUUUUCAAUCCAAAACGAAAUAUGAGAAGAAAGUUAUAUUCUUCAGGUGUUUCUUGCAAGACCGUGAAAUGCCAGGCCGGCUACAUCUGCAGAGAGUUCCCGAACGGCCCACGAUGCGUCAAAGGUACUGUAUAUCCGAAACUAGAACGGAAUAAAGUUUCCAUUAUGAAACAGUUUUUAAUCACUUUCAAUUCGAAAGUUGUUUUUUUAGACUUCUCUCAAGACGAGGUUCUGAAAGAAGCUUUGAAGAAAUCCAACUUAAAAAAAUAAAUGUAUAUCCUCAUCGAUUUUUCUUGAGACCCUAUUGAAAAAUGAUUAAUUGAGGAAAUUCAGAGAAUCCUUGCCGCGGAAACCCAUGCGGAGCUGGUAAGAAAUGCAUUGUCGACACGGACAACGGCGGCUACACCUGUCAACCAGGUUAAUUAUUCGGAAAAUUAUUCAUUUUUGAAAAUUUUCGGAGAGCUAACGGAAGCUUGUUUAUGUGAAUCGAUCAUAUAGGAUAAUUCCAAAAAAAAAUAUUACUUCGAGACUUUUUUUGAUUAGCUAAAGCAUUCCUAAUGGGGUGACUUUCUGAAUUUUCCAAAAAAAAGUAAGUGCGCGCUACGGAUAAAAUGACGUCAUUUUACGUCAAAAGUACUCGGACAUUGGUAACGCGGAACGGACGUGCUCCGGUCGUUUCUGGGCGAUUCUAGGGAUCCCUUAAGAGUUCUGAGGCUACUAAAGUGGUCACUAGAAAUGCCCCGACACGUCCGAUUCGCGUCCCGCUCGCGUUACCAAGGUCUGAGUAGUGCGAUGAGUUUCUGAAUAUACAAAAAAGAUUAAGUGCGCGCUACGGAUAAAAUGACGUCAUUUUACGUCACAAAUUAGACUGAGUAUUCAACAUUAAUAACUUGUUUGUUCGAUCGCCUUUGACUACUUGAGAUUUGAAUUUUCGCGCAAAAUUUUUUGAAAUUUCUCUACCCCGUUUGGGAACGCCGUGUAAGAUAGUUUUUUGAAACAAUUUCCUAAAAAACUUAAAAUUUAGAAAAGAAGUACUUUGAAAAAAAAUCAUUGAGGACCGGUAUUUUUUCGAUAUCAAAGAGGAACUAAUAAACUUGGAAUUUCCAGUCGAUCCUUGCGCCUCCAGCCCUUGCCCACCUGGUCAAAGAUGCGAAGUUUCGUCCGAUGGAUCUGUCAAGUGUAUUCAAGGUGAGUUUGAAUGAACAAUAUCCUUUCCCUCGAAAAAAAGACACAAUUUUGCUCUGAAUUUUCUUCUUUUUCAGUUAUAAUUUGAAUGAUUCACGAGCAAUUUUCUCUAAUUUCAUGUUGGCCAUUGAAGAUAUUCCUUGAAAAUGAAAGAAAAUAUGUUUCUGGAAAUAUUGAUACUUUUCCCAGAAGUCACUUGCGCCUUGGUCGACUGCGGCCCGGGACAAGAAUGCCAGGAAACUGACCAAGGACCAGUUUGUGUUUCAGGUAAAAAUAUAAGAAGGGUUUCGAAGAAAAGAGAAUGUUUUUUUGGUGCAUUUUUGUCGAAUCGGUAUCAAGUUGAAACUUUUGAAGUUUUUUUGUUGAUACAUUUUGUUUAAAAAAACAACAAAUCAUAUAAAAAAAUCGUAUUUUUUUAAAAAUCCAAAUAUUGACUUCCGGACAUGUCUGUUGAGAAUCUGGAGCUCCAGUUUUGAAAUACGUAGAAAAAAUAAUAAGAAUCUGAUUUCUUAACGUUGGAGUUGAACAAGGCAUGAUGGAAAAGUCAAAAAAAAAGUGAAUUUUUGUAAUUUUAAUGACCAGCAUUUUUGGAAAAUGAGUAGUUAUACCAUGAAGAAAUAAAUACUUCAAAACCGUUAACAGCUUUAAAAAAAGCCCAAACAUCUUUUCAAAAUUUGUACACUAAAAAAAGGCUUUUGACCGACUUUUCCAGCAUGAACACUUUUAUACAAUAAAAAAGAUGACUAAAAAUGUUUUUUUCAGAAAACAACGGAUGCAAGAAAUGCAAAGGAAAGCAGUGCACGGAGGUCGAAAUGUGCUUCGGUAAAAAAUGCGUCUUCGUCAAGACUUGCCUCACUCACAACCGUACGAGGAGUUCAGAAGUAUUCGAGAAAAUGAUCGAUUUCAGCUUGCAAACACGCGAAAUGCGGCCCGAAACAGAAAUGUCGCCUCCGCGUGACUCACUGCAGAGGAUCUGCUUGGUAAGAUAGCUUGAUGGAAUCGUUAAAAUAAUCAUAUCUCAACUGGUGUCGUGUUUAAAGGAGCAGCCUGGGUUGGAUUCGCGCCAAAAUAAUUCGUUUUUAGAGUUUUUGAACUUGAUAGAAGUCGGUUAGGGAAUUCGUCGAAAGUUUCUCUUUUUCAGAAAAUCAGAAAAUUAUGUUUUUGAAGUCAGAAACUUCUGGAAAGUCAUGAGCAAAUCGAAUAAAGGGGUUGUUAUAGUCUGUUCAGAUUUCAAAGGUCAAGUUCUCGCUGAAGCUCCGCCCCCUAAUGGCGCGAUAAACCAAUCAGAGAGCGAGCCAUUCACAGAGCGUUUUCGAAUGACGUCAUUCUAAUUGACAUUCAAAAUCUGAACAGACUAUAAAUCAACAAAAACUCUUUAAAUACUGUAGCUAAGACAUUUUUAAAACAGUCAAGCUCCCUUGAAAAAAAGGAAGCUUCUUUGUUCUUUUGCAUUUUAAAUUUAUCAAUACUCAGUCUUUAGAAUUUGUUGAAAGUUGAUGGCUUGAAGAAAAUUGGAAAACACGAAAAAAAAAGACUUUCCAGGAGCCUCUGGAAUUUUACGAAGCAAAAGUCGUCAAAUUUUGAAAAAAAGGGUUCAUUUUAGAGCUUGAAAUAAUUCUAAGAGGUAGUAUUAGAGCUUGGAAGAAACCCCCAAGCACCAACAAGUUUCAACUUUACCAAAACUCUCAUUUUCUUUCUCAGCAUGAUCAUCGCUAUGUGCUACGGCGGUGGAGACCCACCCACGGACCCGACUUGCGGCACCAACGAAGUCUACUCCCGGUGCACGAGCUCUUGUCUCGAGCCCAAAUGUACCCAGGAAGGCGGAGUACGAGAAAAUCCAUUGAUUAAUAGCUUCAUGAUUGGAUUUUGAAGCUGUGCCCACAAGUUUGCGAAGCCGGAUGCACCUGCGCCGAUGGAUACUACAGAGAUGCCGCCAACAAAUGCGUCCGACAGUCUCAAUGCCCGCCUGGUGAGAUUCUAGGACUGAGAGACUUUUCGAUAACUUUGAUAAAGCCUCAGGAAGUGGGCAGAAAAAAAAAUUAGAUCAGGCUGAUUUUCUUCAGUGAUCCGUUGAACCCUUAAGAGCUCCCUUGGACUUGAAAAAUUUCUAGAAGAACCGGAAAAGAAAUUUUUAUAAGAUUUGAACUUUGAAAAAAGACUUUUGAUCCAUGGUUGUACGAUAGAGCGCACUUGUUGAUUUUUUUCUGCUCAGUAGGGCUGCUUUUCACUUUUUUUGAAUGUUUCCACUUCAAUUGGGAGAAAAUCUCUAUUAUUUGUCCAUCAAACUUUAAAUUGCCAGAAAAAAAUGCUCAAUCUUUAAUCUUUGGAAUUGAACGAAAUGAUCUCCCCGGUAGUUCCGGAUAUUGAUGCUUUCAAGAAAUUUUUUUGCCUUUUUUUGAAAAUAUCCUCAAAAGAUACGAUUUUUCUUUUGAGCCGAUUUUAUGAAAGUUCGGCCCUUUUUUUCAACACUAUUUGAGUCCACCGUAUGAAGUCUAGAUCUUCAAAAAUAGUUAAAAAUCAACUCCAAUCAACAAAAUUACAGUUGAUCCGCCAACCUGCGCGAACUUCACCUGCGGCGACGGUUUCAAGUGCUACGACACUCAAUUCGGACCAGUUUGUGUGAAAAGUAGGGAACCAUGAAAGAUAUCGAUAAUGGACCAAAUCAUGCAGCCGACCCACCGGGAGAGGGAAACCUGACCUGCGACGACAUCAACUGCCCCGACGGCUGCGCCAUGAUCGACUUCUGCGACCCGACCGGCUCGUCCUGCGUCAAGUACCCGAGAUGUCUCCACAACGGCAACCGUCAGUUUUGUAGAGUUUUCAGGGAGAAAAUGGUGCAAGUCAAUACUUUUUCUUAUUGAACUCUUUCUGUCAGAAAAAAACUGUAGAGGACUGAUUUUCCUGCACCGUCAGCUCCACAGACUUUUUGAGGAAGGAAACUAGUCAAAAAUAGGCGAAAAAUAAAGCCAAUAAGAUAACAAGAAUUCAUAAGAUUUUUCAUUGAGAGGGCACAGAGAAACAUAAUUAGCGCUAGAGCGCACUUGGCCGACUUUCAACUUUCUGAAUUUAUUCCAUUUCUUUCUCUUUUCAGCUUGCAAGGAUGUUCAAUGCGCCGAGGGAAGCUCCUGUCAUCUGGUUCGACUUCCGUGCCGCAGAAGACCUUGGUAGGACAUUCCUUUAAGGAAAUUUUUGAUGAAAAUCGGCUGGAAUGUUCUUUGGGACCUUCUCGUUCGAGAUUGAGGCAAAAGUUUCGAGGAAAAGAUAAUUUCGAAAUUAUGACUUUAAAAACUUGCUUUGAACUUUGGAGUAUAGACUUGAGCAUACAUGGGCAGACUCUUUUCAAACCCCCCCCGCUCCUCUUUUGAAUUCUUACUAAAUCAAAGUCAACACAACCUCCUCGAGGUUGGAAAUCAAUUUUUAUCUUUCUUUGUCUGGAAUCUUUAAGUUCCGUAGUCCACUUCUCUCCCCUUUACUUGACCACGUACCUGAGAACAUUUUAGGAAUAUUUGUGAGGUUUUUCAUUCUUUUUCGAAGCCCGGAAAGUUCUACAAAGUCUCAGCCAAGUCCCAUACUGAGUUGGACAAAAGAUCGUUAGGAAUUAUCAGAAAAUUGACGUAAUCUUUUUCAGCCCCGUUGUGCCACAGUGCGUGACCGACGAAAAGCCACCAACUUGCGGACAAAACGAAGUCGUUUCCCAGUGCUUCACUCCGUGUACCGAGCAAAAAUGCAUCAAGAAGCGUGAUGUGAGUUUGAUGGAAUGUAUUUUCAGGCAGAUUUUCCAUUUUUUUGAGGAAAUUGUAAGAUAUUUAAGAUGAAGAAGGCGAAGAAUAAUAGAAAUAUGAGGGAAAUUCAAAAAAUUCAACUCCACUUUUAAGUUUUUCCACCUUAUUUCAUCCUUCGCGGCCCUGCUUUUCUAGGAUCACUUAAGGCAGUUGACGCCCCUAAAGGGGUCACUAGAAAUUCUCAAACAACAAAAAACGCUCCCGGCGUGCAUCACCGAGGCCCGAGCCCUCAAACCUUUUUUUGCUCAAGAAAAUGAAUAAUCGGGUAAAUUGAAGAUGUGCCCAUCGGUGUGCCAAGUCGGCUGCACCUGCGCCGUCGGAUUCUUCCGUAACCCAGAAGGAAAAUGCGUCAGCAAGGCCGAGUGCCCACCUCGUAAGAGAUCUUCGAAGAAGUUGCAACUUUCAUUGAUGGAUGUUCAGAGCCAAGCUGCGACACCGUCAAAUGCUCGGCCGGAUACGAGUGCAAGAUGGUCGGCGGAGCCCCGACCUGUGUCAAGAGUGAGUUGGGGGGGAAUAAAUUGGGAAAAGAGCUCUUUAACCUCUUUUUAAUAGUUUACCAUCCACCCGACCCUUAUCGUUCUACAAGUAGUUUUUGAUCGGGUGCAUUGGAAAAUGAGUUUUUCCGAAAUUCGAAAGCUUCCAAUCAGAAUCGUUCAGUCCCUGAGAAGGAAACCUGCGAGACGAAGAAAUGCAAAGAGGCCUGCGCCUACAUCAAAACCUGCAACGUGUUCUCCUUCUGCCAGUACCUGCCGACCUGUAUCCACACUAAGCGUGAGUUUUUGACCAAUCCCUCGAGAUUUUUCAGAAUUUUCCCUGAUUAAAUAAUCUCAUUUCCAGCACCGACCUGCAACAACAUCGAAUGCCCGAAAGGCUACACCUGCAAGAUCCAAAACGGAAAGCCGACCUGCGACGAAAGUUUGUCGAAAAUCGGGUAGCAUUCUUCCAAUCGUUCGGUUUGCAGCCUCAGUCGAGCCCCCGUGUAGAGAUCACAACUGCCCCGACGGAAAGAUCUGCGUCUCCAGAGGCUACGCUCCCAUCUGCGUUGGUACGGUUUUGGGAUUUCGAAAAAAGAAAGAAUAGAACAUUUUCUCAUGUUCCAUUUCAAAAAGCUACCUUUUUUGAUAAUUCUUCUAAACCCUAUUCUGAAAACAAAAAAGUCACUAGCAAGCAACCGAAAGAGCCUGAUUAGAAACGCCUGAAUCAAAAAAAGCUCAGAUCUUGUUUCAAAAUCAUUUUUUUGCCUUCAACUUCCAUCAGAAAGCUUUCAACCCUCUGGAAAGAAUUUUAAAGGCCACUUGAGAGUUUUGACCCUUUAGUGGUCACUUUAGUCUUCAAAAUUAGUGGCCAUUUAGAUGCUUGAAAUUUAUUGGUCUCAUUAGAGGUCUCAGUACUAAUAGACCGCUAAAAACUACUACAGUAGUCACUAAGAAACGAAAAUGGUUUGAGGUAAUUUCAGUGGCCAGUUUAGUGUCCUCUCCUUGAGGAACCUCUAUAGUGGCCACUAAAUUUUUCGAGCUUGCCAAAAAGUCAAAAAUGCAAUACUUUUCGAAGUAUGAUCCAAUCACUUUCGAUACUUUGAAAAAGAUGAAAAAUAAUGAAGAUAUUUUUUGAAAGAGUUGAAACUCCGAAAAAAUUGCUCUCAGAAGUACAGAAAAUUCGAUUUUAGUAGGAAAAUAUCUAGAGUUCAAAUCUAGCUAGUGAAAAAAUUGAUUUCGCUCGCUGAUUUUUCGUAGAUUCUCAUUCAAAAGUAACCUUUCACGAAAUCUCUGAUUCAGACCCGCCAACGGAUCCGUCCUGCGACGAUUUGAACUGCCCCAGCGGCCAGUGCGUCAUGAUCCCGCACUGUCGCAAAGGAAAGUGCCGCAAGAUGCCGACUUGUGUCAGAAAUCGUGAGUUUCAAGAAAAAAUAAGUCAUAUAAAAACGUAAUCGAUCCAUUCCAGCACCAACAUGCAAGCAAAUUUCCUGCCCGCCCGGCUACGAAUGCAAGAUCAUCGGAAAUUCGGCCACCUGUGUCUCUGGUAAGAGAAAAAUCAGAGAAGAGCCUCAAGAAAAAUGACGAUUUUGCAGUCCCGACCCCAGACCCGACCUGCGAAGAUAAGCACUGCAAGGAGGCCUGCGCCUACAUCAAGACUUGCUUCGCCAAGGGAGGAUGCCGAUUCCUGCCCACUUGUAUCCGCACCCCACGUAAGUUUCGAAAGAAACAUAGUUUAGAGAAAGGAACAGCUUUUCCUACUGUUGAGCAUAAUUCAUCUUAUGCGCCAGGCCUCCUUUUGUUUAGAGUCUGAGUUCUUUGGAGCUCCCAUCUUCUAAAGCGAGAUAGCACUGCUAAAUGAGAGAGUUCAGAGAAAAAAAGGCCUGCUCUCACUUUUUGAAUGAUCUCUAGUUUGAAAGCAAGGGAGGACUGGUAAACGAGAGUGUUUAGAGAAAAAAAAGCCCUCUCUCAUUGACUAAUCUCUAGUUAAAAAGCGAGAGAGCACUGGAAAACGAGAGCGCUCAGAGAAAAAAAAAAUAACGCCCGAUCUCUCAUCUCUUGAAUGAUCUCUAGUUCAAAACGCGAGAUAGCACUGCUAAAUGAGAGGGUUCAGAGAAAAAAGGCCUGCUCUCACUUUUUGAACGAUCUCUAACCUUCGAAAUUUCGAGAGUUUCUAGUCCUUUUCUUAGGACUCGUAAAGGAUUCCGAAGUUGUAUUUCUGCGAAAACGUUUAAAUCGAAAAAAAAAAAAUGGAUGAAUUCAGCAAAUUGCUCGACGAUCAAAUGCGAAGAAGGCUACGAAUGCCAAAUCGUCGACGGCAAGCCGAGAUGCGUCCAAGUCACCGUCCCCCCACUCUGCGAGACCAAACAGUGCGAAAACGGAACAUACUGUGUGGUCCGAGGAGGCGAGGCUGUCUGCGAUCCUGGUAUCCGAAAUGAAUAUGAAAAUGUAUAUAGUCCUGAUACAGAGAACCACGGACCAUCCUGCGACGAUUUGGACUGCCCCAGCGGACUCUGCGUCAAGAUCCCGCACUGCCGCGGAGACGUUUGCCACAACCUGCCGACCUGCAUCACGAAACGUGAGUUGUUUCGAAUGGAAGUUUUGAGCAGUAGGAAGCUUUCAAAAAGUUUUUAGUGGUUUAAAAGUACCAUCCUGAAACUACUCCGAGACAAAAUAACUUUCCAGCACCAAGCUGCGACGACAUCUCCUGCCCCGACGGCUACCAGUGCAAGAUCCAUGGAAAAUCGGCGACCUGCGAUCCGAGUAAUUUUCGAAAAUCCGACCGAUUUUCCUCAACUGGCAACAAUUUCCAGCCGAACCAGAACCGACUUGCGAGACCCUCAAAUGCCCCGGACAAUGCGCCUACAUCAGAACUUGCUUCACCCGUGGACGAUGCCGCUUCCUGCCGGUCUGCGUCCAUCAGCCAGGUAAUCGGAAUGGAUGGGUGCGGAGCGGCUCGCGUCGGGGUCAGAUGGGGAAACUGUCGAAUUUUCUUUCUACCAUAUCUUGUUUCAGAAUUCGAGGCGGUAGAUGGUUUUUUAGAAAAAAGAAAAGAGAAAAUUAUUUAGAAAUUUUAGAGCUAUUCAAAGAUUUCCUAUCUAGAGACUUUUAUUCGCACUACGGUAACGGAAACCAGAAAUUAUUCGCAACUCUAGGGGUCACUCAAGACAGUUAAAGCCCCUCAAGUGACCACUAGAAAACGCCCGAAACGACCGUGUUGCGUUACCGAUUUCCGAGUAGGUAUAACUUUCUUUCCACCAUAUCUUGUUUCAGAAUUUGAGACGUCAGAUGGUUUUUAAAAAGAAUUAGCAAUUUCAAAAUCUAGUCCAAGAUAUCCUAUAAAGAUAUUUCGAAAAAAGAAGUUUAUGAAAAAAUCAGGAAAAAAGUAUUUCCAUGAGACUGAGCUUGAUGCAGAAAGUUGCAAAAAGGUCUUCCAACUUUUCUGAUUCGAAACUUCAACGAUUUUGAACAGUUUGGACGUUUUUAGCAACGCUAGGGCUCCCUUAAGACAGUCGAAGCCCUAAAGUGGUCACUAGAAAUCCCCCGAAACGAACGUGUUGCGUUACCGAGCUCCGAUUAGGUGUGAGGUCCAAAAAAAUCAGAUUUUUAUCAAAAAUCGUCUCUUUUCCUACAAAAAGGUUUCUACUUCAGAGAAAAACUGCGACAAUGUCGACUGCGGUGACGGCUACAAAUGCGAAAUGGAGAAAGGAAAGCCGACUUGCGUCUCCAGUGAGCUUCCCAUUCAGUGGGAAAUUAUAUAAAUGAUGUUUUUCCAGUUACGGAGCCACCGUGUGCUGAUGGACAAACCUGUCCCCACGGAAUCUGCGUCGUCAGACACAAUCGCCCGGUUUGUAUCGUUGGUGAGUUUCGAAACGACUUCAAAUUGAAUUUGAAGCGUUUUAAGUUGAAAAGUCAUGGUCAUGGUUUAUCCGAAAAACGACGAUUUCUAAGAAAAUUCUUCCCUAGGUGUUUAAAGGAGCAUGGGGACAUUUUAGAAAGGUCUCGAAUGGAAAAGCGUGAUAUUUUCGAUCUUAGGAGACUUUUGGCAAACAGGAAAUGUCACAAAAUGGUGGCUUGGUUUGAAAACUACAAAAAGUCGGAACCUCUCAUUUUUGAACGCUGUUUCGCUAGUCUAUCAGUUUUGAGAUUGUAGAACGUCUAGAGCCUGAUAUAGAUUCAAAAAGAUAUUUUCAAGAUUUAAAAUUCCCUUAAACCGGUAAUAAUAGCCAUGAUGAGCAAGAACAAUAAAAAAACUCCCUUUUUUCCAGACCCGCCACCAACUCGGACCUGCGACGACCUGAACUGCCCCAGCGGUCAGUGUGUCAUGAUCCCGCAUUGCCGAAACGGAAAAUGCGUUCCGCAACCGACCUGCUACCACAAACGUUCGUAGAAUCGAGAAAACGGAGAAGAAAUGUGGAUUUUCAGCACUUCCAUGCAGCCAAGUCCGUUGCCCACCUGGACACGUCUGCAAGAGGGUCGAGGGAGUCCCGACCUGUGCUCCGAGUGAGUUUGAGAAGAUUUUGGGUGACAGUAGAUAGCAAAAACACUUUAUGAAUAAAAGUAAGAAAUUUUCCUUUUUGCGGCCUUUUUGCGCCAUUUCAUCGGCUCUUAUGCACCAGUUUUGCUGCCUCCCACAAUUUCUCGACCUCUUAAAAUCCCGCGAGAAAUGGAAGGCUCGAUAAAGGGACUCUUUUUGCUGCCUUUCUGCGGCCUUUUUUGAGCCUCACUCUUUUAGCGGACAUUAUCCACCAUUCCGACUUUGCCUGAGACUAGAAAGAAUGAUUAAAAUUGAAAAUAUUGCUUUAAAAAGUGUUGCUGCUCUUUUUCAUCAUUAAACUUUAAAGUCACUCCUCCGCCGAAGUCGUGCGACGAUCUCAAGUGCACCGAAGGCUGCGUUUACGUCCAGACGUGCUGCCCAUUCCGUGGAUGCCAAUACGUGCCGAAAUGCGUCAAGAAUCCGCGUUAGUUUCAUUUUUUUCGGAGGAAAUUUGAGCCUGAACUAAUUGAAAAUUCUGUCUGAAUCUCCAAAAAUCAGUUAUCUUUUUCUAUCUCUGACGGCUAUGACAUCAGACAUUAUCUCGGAAGUUCUCCCUAAGGAGGUUCUAAUAAGCUCCCUGAAGGACCCACUGGAUCUCAAAUUCCCUUUAGGGCCCACUUCAGCUUUUCCCAGUAUUUUUGGAAGAAAUCAGUUUUAAUAUGAUUUUUCCAUACAGCGCACAAGAUCUCUUAAGUAGAUUUUGUUGUUUUUAUUCGCGGAGAAGCCUCAGAAACGUUAAUAGUUUUUUAAUUUCUUCCUCUUUUAUCUUUAUUUGAUUUCCUGUAGCAGUCCUCGAAAUCCUCUAGAAGUUUCUAUUUCAGCACCAAACUGCGAGGCUGUCCAAUGCCAGCCUGGACACACUUGCAAGCUCAGAGACGGAAAGGCGACCUGCGAACCAGGUAGUUUUUUGCUCAUUCUCUUUCAAAUCUGAACGAGGAUCAAAAUUAAUGAAUUGUUUUUCCAGAAAUCACCUGCAAGGAAAAGAGAUGUCCACCAGGAACCGUUUGCCAGAUCAGAAGAAACAAGCCAGUUUGCAUCCGUUCGUUUUCAUUUUUUGAAGUAGAAGCCAUUGAAUCGACUAAAAUGAGGCAUAGUAUCACUCAGAAAAAUACAGGAUGAAAAGUUUCUCAUACUUUCAGAAAGUCUUACCUUCUCUAAAGCGAGAAGGCAAAUAUUCACGAUAGGAAGUAGUUCAUAUUUUUCGGAUUCUUCUAAAGAAAACUUCCAAGGAAAUCUUUUCCCAGGGCCACCAACCGAAGGCUGUAACGAUUUGGACUGCCCCAGCGGCCAGUGCAUCUACAUUCCUUACUGCGACGGCGACACCUGCGUCAACCGACCGGCUUGUGUCGUGAUCCGUGAGUUUCGAGAUCAGCUUUCGGGGUUUAGAAUCUUUUUUUGAAAAUUAGCUGACUUUCGAAGUUUUGUUCUCAGUUUGCUUUUUCUAACCUUUUUUUCAUAGACGACCAUAAGGAAAGUUUUUCUGUGAGAAAUUUGAGGAUUUCUGAAAAUUUGCUCGAAAUUCUUUGACUAGAAGAUCCCUCAUCGUUAUGUGUUCAUGAUUAGUUCCAAAAUAUGGGUUUUAGGACUAUAUCUUCGUUAAAUGCGAAAAUCAAAUGAUAAUUUGAAAAAAAUGUAGAGGUAUGAUGAAUCUUGAUCUAGAGCUUCAAAGAAUCUUGGAACGAAUUUUCAGAAAGUUCCAAACUUAUCACGGAAAUCACCUCCUUUGUUAGAGACGUUAUGUGAGAAAUCAUGAAAAAUACACCUCCCAAGAAUCUUUGGGCGAUAUUUCAGAUGAUCUCAAAUCAAAACUAAGAUGACCCUCUUGAGAAAAACGAAAUUGACUAACUGAUAAAAAUCAUUGACUUUUCAGCGGUGACCUGCGCCCAAAUCGAAUGCGGACCCGGACAACAGUGCAAGGUCAUCCGUGGAAAACCACGUUGUGUUGACAGUUAAUAUCAACCCGAAAAUCGGAAAUUAAAGCUCGGAAUUCAGUCGUUGAGCCGCCACCGACCUGCGAGGAGCUCAACUGCCCCAGCGGCUGCACUUACCUGGUCACCUGCUCGCCGAGCUUCGGAUGCCGUUAUGAAGCUCGCUGCAUCGUUGUUCCUCGUACGUUCUGAGUUGUGAGAAUGGGAAGUUCAAAGUGGCCCCUUGAGGGGCAACCCUAGGGGCUCUUAAAGUUUCCCUCAAGCUCUUCACCUCUAGAUGGCCACUGAAGCUUGCAAAAGUUAUCCUCAUGGCCCCUUUAGAAGACAUACUAGUCCAUUUUGUAUCAGGCGUAUCCAAGACAAUCUUUGAAGUCUCUCUUUUUCAGUAAAUCGGUGUUUUUUCAGCACUCAACUGCACAAACGCUCUCUGCCCCGAAGGCUACAAAUGCGUGAUGAAGGACGGUGACGUCACUUGCGAACCAAGUCCGUUGAGAUGUCACUUGAGUGAUAACGUUUUCAACUUUUCAGCAUCGCCCUGCGAUUCUCAGGAAUGCCCCGACGGACAAUUCUGCCGCGUGAAGAACGGCACCGCCAGUUGCACCAACCGUUCGUUUCUCAUUGUGGGUUUUUAUGAUAAAAAAGUUUUCAGCGCCAGAAACCUGCGACGAGAUCACUUGCCCCAACGGCCAAUGCGUCCCGAAACAGUAUUGCAGUAAUACAAAGGGUUGCAUCGUGAUCCCGACCUGCGUCGACAUCCGUCAGUCGAAUCUGAUGAAACUUGUUUGAAAAAUGGAUUUUCAGCGCUGACCUGCUCCGAAGUCACUUGCCCGACUGGAUACGAAUGCAGGGAGAUUGACGGCGUCGUCCGUUGUAUCCCAAGUUUGUCCCGGCCUUUUUUGUUGAGACUGGGAUUAGGAGAAAGUAGGGCGAAAAUCGGGAGAGCUGAGACUUUCUGACGUCUCCUAUGCCGCUGCUGAUCUCUAUUUACUGAAAAAAAUGAAUAUCAGAUUUUGAGCCUGACUGUGGCAGCGAGAAAGCAGUUACAUGAAGAGACACCAGAGAAAAAGAGUUUCUUUACUUCUCUGGGAUCUCUUCCAGUCGCCGCUGGACUCUACUUACUGAAAAAAAGAACAUCAGAUUAUGAGCCUGACUGUAUACCAGCGAGAGAGCAGUUAUAUGAAGAGACACCAGAGAAAAAGAGUUUCUCUACUUCUCUAGGAUCUCUUCCGGCAGCGCUUUGUCUAACUUAACCUUUGAAAAUUGAUGCGAAAGAGAUGAAAAUUCAACGAGAAAAAAAAACAGAAUAAUCCCAAGUAUUCAGUCCGACCACCUCCAUUGACCUGCGAGGACAUCGAAUGCCCAGAGAAAUGCGAAUACAGAAGAAGAUGCGACCGAUGGGGAAGAUGCCGCUACGAACCGACCUGCGUCGACACACCAAGUAGAAUAUCCACUUUAGGGACACCUCAAAGAGCUCUUUACAGCGCCAAACUGUGAUACGGUCAAGUGCGCCCCAGGCUACGAGUGCAAGAUCACCGAUGGAAAGCCAGGAUGUGUUCCAGGUAUAGUUUCGAAAAAUGGUAGUUCGGUAGUUUCAAAAUAGUAUGGUAAGUAGGAAAAACUGUGGUAGAGCUUUUCUUUCAGCUUCUUCCGCACUGAGAAAGUUCCUGAUUUCGGAAAACAACAGUUCCCUUACCGUACUCACGUCUCGCUAAAUUGCAGACUUUUAAUUUUCAAAAAUACAUGAUAUUAAUGAAAAAUCUCCACAAUAUGAUCUUAUAAGAACUAUGUAAAAUUCGAAAGCCUUUUUUUUGAAAAAUUGAAAUCUUACAGUGAAAGUCUGUGAGGACCUGCCUUGCCAGGAAGGCCAACACUGCGAAAUCGUGAAUGGCACCGCGACCUGCGUUACCGGUAAUAUCAAUGGAUUUGGAGUACAAAUCAAUAAUUCCUGGAUCUUUCUCAGAUCCGGAAGACCCUGACUGCGACGAUUUGGACUGUCCCAGCGGCCAGUGCGUCCUCAUCCCCUACUGCUACAGAAGACAGUGCCACCGAGUUCCGACCUGCGUCACUUAUCGUGAGUUUGAAUAAGGCGUACUGUAGGUCGGAGUUGUGCAUACACUGAACGCGGUUCUUUUUCUGAAGAAAAGAAAGGAAAAUAACUAGAAAAGGGAUGGCUGUAGAAAAAUCAAAAUUUCAAAAACUUUGAAAGUUUGCUCUACCGAACAAUUUCCCUUAUUAGCUAGACACGCCCAUUUCUAUUGCUUAUUCAGUCCGCUGGAGCGGGUUUCAAACUCGAAAGGCGUUUUGAAAGAACUAGAAGAAAAAUAUUCCCUUUUAGCACCAACCUGCGAUGACGUCACCUGCCCACCUGGAUCCGAGUGUCAGCUCAUCGACAAUUCGACUGUUUGCGUUGAAAGUUUGUUUUUCGAACUUCUUAAGAGGAUACUUGAAACUUCAAAACAGUUGUUUAGACUCCUAGAAAACUUAGAAGAUCCAUCAAGGGAAACCUUGAACUUGUUUUCCCUCGCGGGCUACGACACUUCAAUUUUCGAUCAAAUUGAAAAAUCCGAUUUCAGUCCCGACGCCUCCUUGCAAAGGCCACCCUUGUCCAUUCGGAACCGUUUGCCGAGUCCGAAAUGGCCAGCCUACUUGUGUCACAGGUAAGACUAUAAUCAGUCGAUAAUCCCAUAAAUUGCUCGAUUUUCAGUCGGCCCGCCACCUUGCCACCGUGUCAGAUGCCCACGUGGAUACAAAUGCAAACCGCGAGGAUAUUAUGGAGUUUGUGUUCCAGGUGAGGGAAAGAGAAUAAGAAUAACGUCUGGUACAGCUUUUCUUGAGCUUUGGUCAUUAUUAUCAUCAAUAUCAAACUUUCCAGACCCAGGACCACCAACCUGCGACAACGUCAGAUGCCCACCUGGAUACGUCUGCACUAUUGAGGACGGAAUCGCGAGCUGCGGUGAUCGUAAGUUUUGGAAAUAAUGAAAGAAAAGGAGAAGCUUGUAAGUCAUUUGCAGGUGUAAAAUAACGAUUUUAGGGAUAUUCAGUGACAAAUUAAAGAACAUGACCCUUUCGAAAUUCUUCCUUGAAAAGUCACAGUUAGAACUUUCUGGUCGCAUGUAGAAUGGCUCAAAGCGCAAUUUAUCUUUUUCUCCUCUUGAUUUUCUCAUAACCCCUUAUAGCUGAUUCACGGUUGGCUUGAGCCAUCGAAAAAAGGGUCCUGACACGAUAAGAAAAGAGAGUGCCUGAUUAUUGGAGAGCGCAGCCAGGCCACGCCCACUUAGCGUCCCAAGCUAGCCGUGGAUCAGCUAUACCUUCAUAGUAACCGCUCCAAAUAACCAUUUAUCAUGCUUUUUCGAAUCAACUGUACCUUUUUAUCUCAUUUUCCAGCAAUUGACUGCGAACACAAGCGCUGCCGACCAGGAUGGACUUGCUCCAUAAUCGACGGAAAGCCCGUGUGCUCUCCACCAGGUUUUAGUCCCCUAGAUGAAAAAUAAACGGGAAACGGGUUAAGUCGAUCCUUGCGACAACCACACUUGCCCUGACGACACCUUCUGCCGCAGAACCCCCAAAGGACCUUACUGCUUCCCGAGUAACUCUUAGAGAAGUCCGAUCAGAGGUGAAACUCCGUUUUCAGUCAUCGAACCGUGCACCAAAGCGACCUGUCCGGCCGGAUCCGUCUGCUUCGUCGACCAGGACGGCAAGCCGACCUGCCAGCAAAGUUUGAGCUUUUCCUCACAUUAGGAAUUUCCUGAAAACUGGAAGCUUCUUGAUGUAGAACAUUAGGGUCCUGAAAGCCCCCUCUUUUUUCCGAAAAAGGAAAUCAUAUCCGCUGAAAUAUUCUCAGACACUUUGAAGCCUUCUGAUUGCAGAACAAAGACAAAGUUUCUCGCAAGACAUCUUUUCUUGAUCAAUAACCCUUUGAAGCCCGUGGAACACAAAGAUCAUGAUAAUUAGCAUCAUAACUCGAAUAAGAAAUCUAUUGAACCUUCUUAUUUGGGCUCAGGGAUUUGAAUCUACCCAUUCAGCCGAGUUUCAUCAAAAGAUCACUUGAAGUGAAGCUCAUUCCUUCCCCGAUUCUCUUGUAAGGAAGGAUUUUCAGCCGGCGUGAACUGCACCGACUACUACUGCCCGACCAAAUGCGUCAUGCGACGUGGACAGCCCUUCUGUCUGCCUCGUAAGACUGACCUUAUCAUUCUUCCUCUGAUUGUUGAUUUCUCAGCUCCACCUGGCUGCGAAAAGAAAAACUGCCCACCAGGAACCGUCUGCCAAAUUGUUGAUGGAAAACCGAAAUGUGUCGCGAGUAAGGCUUUUCACUAUAGAACAGUAUUAGAGGCCUUUCAAACAAGUAGAAAAGCUCAAAAACCCUAGUUCAAGUAUUAUAGGGCCAAUCGUGAUAUCUGUAGGUCUUGGAAAACGGGCAAAGAGAUCUGAUUUCACUAUCAAAGGGUGUCUUUCCAAUGACUCAAACGUCGUAUUACAGACAGUAUCCUGAAAAGUCUAUUUAUGAUGUGAACUGGAAGAUUUCCUAGAUGCUAGAUAGAGACAUCGUUCUUUGAAUCCAGCCUGAGAAAAAAAAAACGAUCAAAUAUAGAGAGCACUCUGAUUUUUCAGCCUGCGAAAACAACAACUGCCGACCUGGAACGGUUUGCCAGAUCAUAGAUGGAAAACGUCGUUGCGUCACAGGUGAGCAUUUGACAAGCCUUGCCCCCUUCUUGAAGGAGAAGAAUUCGUAGCUUGUUGAGAAAUUGUUGCUCUAUUUUUCAAGCUUUUUUUGACACGAAACCCAUAAAACUGAACUUGUUAAGUUGAUCCUUGCUCCAACCACACCUGCCCCGACAACACCUUCUGCCGCAGAACUCCCCAAGGACCUUACUGCUUCCCGAGUAAUUUCCAGGAAGAAAAACUAAGUCAUAAGAAGAAUCUUCCAGACGUUGAUCCUUGCACCAGCGCCAGCUGCUCGGAUGGACAGAUUUGCAAAGUCGACACGACAACGACGGCAGAGGCUCGAAAAGUAUCAGCCAAGGCCGACGAACCCGCCAAGACGACUUGUGUUCCUCGUAAGGGUUCCCCCAAAAAAAGGAAAUCAAAAAAACUUCCAGCCACCGGAGAAAACUGCACGGACUACUACUGCCCGACCAAAUGCGUGGUCAGAAACCGAAAGGCUGUCUGCACACUUCGUAGGAGUCUUUUUUAUCAAGCCCUAAUUUAGUGAUGAUUUUCCAGCUCCCCCGGUUAACUGCAACGAUAAGAAGUGCAAAGCCGGAUCGACAUGCGCGAUCGUCAACAACAAGCCAACCUGUGUUCCAGGUGAGAUGAGUCACCUGAAGACAAUCUAGAAAAAUGGAUAUCGAUGAAUGAGACUUCAUUCCUGCAAAAAAUGAUUUGAUAGGAAAAUUCCAUGCUCAGUGAGUUACAUUUCAUCACAAGGAUAAUAUUUGAGAUGAAAAAAAAACCAUUAAGAUAGGCGAAGUCACUUAUCAAAGAAGGAUAAACCAAUAAUAAUACCGUUAAGUCGACGUUUGCACCAACUACACCUGCCCCGACGACACCUUCUGCCGCAGAACUUCACAAGGAGCUUACUGCUUCCCGAGUAAACCCCAGAAGACCCUCCGAACCAAAAAUCCCCUUUUAAGACAACCCAGCCCCAUGCAACAGCUCUACCUGUCCCGAGGGAACCAUCUGCGCCCUUGACCAGGAGGGUAACACCAUCUGCAGGCCAAGUCGGAGAUUUUCCCGAAAAGAAUCACCCAGGAAUCUUUUUCAGAGCCCGGAGAGAACUGCGACAAGUACUACUGCCCAACGGAAUGCUACAUCUACCGCGGAAGAGCUGUCUGCGAACUUCGUACGGACUUUUGAAUAUUCUCUCGAAAAUGCAUAGGAACAUAGAUCGGUAGUCUGAAAAAGAACUGGGAAGACGGUUUAAGGAAAAAAAAAACUAUCGUCAUUUAUCCAUGGGGCGAAUUUUUUCGAAAGAAAUAGAGACUUCAAAACUUCCUGAUUUGAGCGUGACAAUCAAUCUCACAAAUAAAAUAAACCAAGAAUCUCUUUUUUGAAUUCGAAAUGAAACUUUUGAAUGUUCAGCUCCUACCUGCGAUAAGUACCGAUGCAGACCUGGAACGGCUUGUGAAAUCGUGAAUGGAAAUCCAGUCUGCGUCCCGGGUAAGAGUUUCAAAAUGACGGGAAUAAUCAGAAAUCAAAUCAUAAUAAAAACACUCCUAUUGUUAUUUCAGUUGACCCCUGCGACAAGAAAAUCUGCCCAGGAAACACCUACUGCCGCAGAGUCCCUGGAGGAGCCUUCUGCUUCCCGAGUAACUAUCCCAUCAUUUGAUUCGAUCUAAAAGUCAUACUUUAGACCCUGAUCCAUGCACCGUUGAAACUUGCCCCGAGGGAAUUUGCACCGUCGACCAGGAGGGCAAGACAUUCUGCGUGCCAAGUUUGAAGCUCUCCCGAGAACCUUCUUAGAAAGGAUUUUCAGCCGGUCCUGCAGACAACUGCACUACCUACUACUGCCCGACCGAAUGCGUCAUCCGCAACGGAAGACCAGCCUGCCUUCCUCGUGAGUUUCUCGAUCUGAUGAGACUCGACAGACCUUAUUCGUUCUCAUAAUCUUCCCUCUUUCAUUUCUGACCGUUCAGCUCCCAACUGCGAACGCUACCAGUGCGGAGAAGGAACCGUUUGCACCAUUGUCAAUGGAAAGCCGACCUGUGUUAUCAGUUAGCAUAUUUCUAUCUCAAAUGAUCAGAAAUAACUGAGGUAUUGAUAAAAUGAUAAUCUUCAGCCUGCGACAACGUCCAUUGCCCAGCUGGAACCACUUGCGACACUGUGAACGGAAAUCCAGUCUGUGUCCCGGGUGAGAAUCUCAAAAUAAAAGUAGAAAUUCAAGUGACAGUGAAUACUUGAAAGAAAUGUAUGGAGAAUAAUAUUGGAAAAGUAUACUCUAGUCUGGAAACUGAGCAACGUCAAAAAUCAGAAAAUAUGCCAAGAAAAAAAAUUUUCGAGUAGAUCGUAUCAAACGUCUGUCUACCACAGGAAAAGUUCUGAAAUUUUCUAACUAACCCUAAAGAACGAUUUGUGAACCGUUUCAAAGUCCACUAGCUACACGAGGGAUAGUAAAUCGAACAUUAAAAAAACAGUCCUGCUCAGUUUAGAAGAAGAUCUUUUUGCUCUAAAUUCAAGUUUGCCUUGUUCAGUUGACCCAUGCAAGGACAAGCAAUGCCCAGACAACACCUACUGCCGCAGAGUCCGUGGAGGAGCCUUCUGCUUCCCGAGUAACUUUUGAUAACUCUAUUAGAUCCACAUUUUCGAUUUCAGCUGUUGAUCCGUGCACCAAGGAAACUUGUCCUGAUGGAAUUUGCAGCGUUGAGGAUGGAAACACCAAAUGCCAUCCAUGUGAGGGAUCAAUCGAGAAAAAAAACCAUCUAGAGAAAAGUUUCAGCCAUCGGAGAGAACUGCACCGACUACUACUGCCCGACCACAUGCGUCUUCCGAAACGGACAGGCGAAAUGCACACUUCGUGAGUCCUCAGAGCUGUGUAGAUGAAAUUCAAACACCUAUUUCUGAUCUCUUUCAAGCUUUUUAACGUUGAAACAAAUUUUCAGCUCCAAGCUGCGACCGCUACUCAUGCCCACCAGGAACCGUUUGCAACUUGGUCGACGGAAAGCCGACUUGCGUCAUCAGUGAGAUAUUUUUCAUCUUGACAAUCAUCGGAAAUAAUCGAGGCUUUCAUAAAAUGAUCAGACUGAAGAUGGAGAAAGACAUUCUAAGGAUUUACCUUUAAAAAAAUUCCAGUUCUUCUUGAGGCUCACAAGUUUCCUUCAACGAAAACUAAUCAGAAACCGUUAGGGUUCUGAGGUCGUAUUAAUGAUAAAUUACGCAUCGUUAGUACGAGGGGUCUACAGAAGAAAAUCGUUCUAGUCCCACUUUUAUCCAAAACUUCCAAGAAGCUAUAAACCCGACUCCUUAUUUCAAUCUUUCAGCGUGCGACAAUAGUAACUGCAAAGCUGGAACGACUUGCGAAAUCGUCGCCGGAGAACGGUAUUGCGUCCCAGGUGAGUCUUUUUCCAUAUCGAGAAGUUGUUGGAUAGUAACGAACUUGAACUGAUAAUCUGUGAGACUAGCAGUCUUUAAAAAUUGUAUUGUGUGUGGUAAAGGUGUACUGUAAUAUCUUUUGAGAAGCUUCGCAAAAGAAAGUCUUUCUGAGAGUUCUAGAGGCAUAUUUAUAUACUCAAAAAAUGGAAGUCAGAACUUUUAUCGAAGGUUCCUUGUACCAAGAAGCUUACAAGAACAGAUACAGGAUUUUUAGCUCAAAAUUCAAGUUUACUUUGUUCAGUUGACCCAUGCAAGGACAAGCAAUGCCCAGACAACACAUACUGCCGCAGAGUCCGUGGAGGAGCCUUCUGCUUCCCGAGUAAACUUUCGAUGGCUCUAUUGGAUCCACAUUAUCGAUUUCAGCUGUUGAACCGUGCACCAAGGAGACUUGUCCCGACGGAAUUUGCAUAGUCGAUGCUGAGAGCAAGACGAGCUGCGCGCCAAGUACAGAAUGAUCCAAAUUCUGCUUUACUCAGGAAAAUUUUCAGCCGGCGGAAAUAACUGCACAGACUACUACUGCCCGACCACAUGCAUCCUACGCAACGGAGAGCCGAAAUGCACCCUUCGUGAGUUUUAUUUUGAUCCAUAACAGUUUGACGGGUCUUAUCAAUUAUUUAAAAAUUUUGAAUCUUCAGCUCCAAGCUGCGACCGCUACCAAUGCGGACCAGGAACCGUUUGCAACUUGGUCGACGGAAAGCCGACCUGUGUUAUCAGUAAGAUCUUUUCCAUCUUGCCUAUCAUCAAAAAUAAUCCAAGCCUUGAUAAAACGAUAACUUCUAGCCUGCGACAACGUCCGUUGCCCAGCUGGAUCCACUUGCCAAACCGACAGCGGAAAUGCGGUCUGCGUCCCGAGUAAGAUCAUCAGAAUAAGGCUAACCUAUGAUCAGAAUAGUGGCUCACAGACGGAAAAUUGAUAUUUGAAUCUUAAAAACGCUUGUCAAAGAACAAAAAACCAUUAUAAAAAAAGCUGAUCGGUUGAAGUGUUUUAUCCGCUUCGGGUUUAUUGAAACUCGAAACCUUCAAAAAUCUAUCAAACAAGCUUCUUCUCCUCGACCUUGAAUUUUUCAAAACAUCCAGUUUCUUUCUCCUAUUUGGACUGGAUGCAGAUCCAAGAAACAUAACAACCCUUUGAGAAAAGGACAAUCGAUAGAAAUAUUCAAAGUUCUGAUAGGAAAAUUCAACAGAAAUGUGAUAGAUCAUGCAUGUUAUCUGUUAAGUUGACCCUUGCGUCAACAAGCAGUGCCCCGACAACACCUACUGCCGCAGAGUCCCGGGAGGAGCCUUCUGCUUCCAGAGUAACUUUUCGAUGAUUCGAUCGGAUCGAACGUUGAAAUUUCAGACCCCGACCCGUGCACCACGGAUACUUGUCCUGCCGGAAUUUGCAAAGUCGAUUCUGAUAACAAGACUUCCUGCGAGCCAAGUCGGACAUUUCUCUGAGAAAAUACAGAGGAAGAAUUUUCAGUCACACCUGGACAGAACUGCUCAGACUACUACUGCCCGACCAGAUGCAUCUUGCUCAACGGAAGCCCGACCUGCCUUCCUCGUGAGUUCUCGAAUGGGAAAGGGGAUCAAUUUUAUGAAAUCGAUCGGAAAUCGGAAAUAAUUCUCAAAACUUUUCACCUAGGCCUUUAGAAAAUGGACUAGUUCAAAGUGAAACAUAUUCUCAGAGCUGUAAAAUAUGAUUAGUAGCCCAGUAGAUGGGUUUAAAAAUACAUCAUACAUUUUACGAUUUAGAACUUUAGUUUUAUUUUCCAGAUUUCUGAAAUAUUUCCUUGAAAGAUUGGUUAUAACAGUACCAUAUUUUGAACUUGAAGAUUCUAAAUUAAUGGGUACAACUUUUCAAUUAUACAACGGGCUUCUUCUAAACCAGAUUAGGAAAAUCUGCUCAUUUUUUUGAUUAAGCCACCUUGCAAUCGAAAAAGAAUUGGAUUAACUGUAACCCUCUUAGUUUCCAAACGAACUUUUGGAUUUUCAGCUCCCAACUGCAACCGUUACAAUUGCGGACCAGGAACCGUUUGCAACAUGGUCAACGGAAAACCGACCUGUGUUCUGAGUGAGCAUAUUUCUAUCACAAAUAAUCAGGAAUAGGCCUUGAUAAAAUGAUAAUAUUCAGCCUGCGACAACGUCCGUUGCCCACCUGGAACCACUUGCGAAACUGUUGACGGAAAUCCAGUCUGUGUCCCGAGUAAGAUUCUCAAAAUAUUCCUGGAAGUAGUCGCAACGGAUGUACCCCUGUAUUUGAAUCUGUUUGAGUCUCAGCUGUUGUAAAAAGAGGAAAAAGGGUGCAAGAAGAAAUAGGUUCUAGCUGACUUAACCUGCACUCCAUUGGCUUUAUAUCUGACCCGCCAGUUCUACAGAUCCACUAUGAUCCAUCCAAGUCACAAAUUGGUCUAUGUGGCCCAGAUGUCUUCAUUUUGCAAGUCUGAGAUCCAGCUGCGUAUGCUUGAACGGUGCCGAAAGUUCUAGAAUAUGUGCUUAUAUGGGACACCCGUCUGUACCCCGUGCUAAUCCCAUCAGAAUGAGAAAACGUCAAAUUCUAAUCUUCCUGUUCAGUCGAACCAUGCAAGGACAAAGUGUGCCCAGACAACACCUACUGCCGCAGAGUCCCUGGAGGAGCCUUCUGCUUCCCGAGUAACUCUUGAUGGCUCUAUUAGAUCCACAUUUUCGAUUUCAGACCCCGACCCUUGCACCAAGGAUACUUGCCCUGGCGGAAUAUGCAAAGUCGAUGCUGAUAGCAAGACUUCCUGCGAGCCAAGUCGGAUAUUCCUCUGAGAAAGUACUCAAGAAGAAUUUUCAGUUACACCUGGACAGAACUGCUCCGACUACUACUGCCCGACCAAGUGCGUCGUCCGGAAAGGACAGCCGAAAUGCACUCGUCGUGAGUUUUCAGAUCUUCAUGAAUAACUUAUUCAAAGACCUCACAUUUCUGAUCCCUUUUAAGCUUUCUGAUUUGAGAAUCAUAAAAUCAAAGAUAUCUCAAUCUUCAGCUAUCACUUGCGACAACCUCCGAUGCAGAAGUGGAACCGUGUGCAAGAUCGUCGACGGAAAGCCGGCUUGUGUUCCAAGUAGGAAACUUGAUUCAUUUUCUAAUGAAAAUAGAAAAAAAUAAUUUUAUGAGAAGUUUAUAUUGCCACUCUUUUGAACUUGAAGAGAACUCAUUUCGAUUUUCCAGCCUGCGACAAUAACUCUUGCCGAGAAGGAACGACUUGCGAAAUUGUCAACGGAGAGCGGUAUUGCGUCCCAGGUGAGUCGUUUUCCUGAUCGAGAAGUUGUUUGAUAGUGAAAAGUUCUUAACUAAUAACCCACAAGGCUUUCAGUCUUUCAAAAUUGCAUAGAUUGUGCGGUAACAGUACACAAUUGUAUUUGAACAAUGAAAGGAACUUGAAAAACUUCUCAGACGGUUGUCUUCCAGAAGAAUAUCGAAGUUUUCAAACCAGUCAUUUUUUUCAGAACUUUGAAUAUUUAUCCCAGUUUUCUUGUACCAAGACGUUGUGAAAAAUAGAAGAUUUGUUAAGUUGACCCUUGCGCCAACAAGCAGUGCCCCGAAAACACCUACUGCCGCAGAGUCCGUGGAGGAUCUCACUGCUUCCCGAGUAACUUUUUGAUGGCUCGAUCGGAUCGAACCUUGAAAUUUCAGACCCUGACCCGUGCAACAGCACCGCGUGCCCUGGAGAAAUUUGCAAACUCGACGCCAACAACAAUCCGACCUGCACGCCAUGUAAAUAAUGAGUUGAGGGAACUACUCAGGAAAUUUUUCAGUCCCUGGAGAGAACUGCACGACCUACUACUGUCCGACGGGAUGCGUCAUCUUCAACGGCAUUCCAAACUGCGUUCUUCGUGAGUUUUUGACUACCACACGUUUGACCGAAUGAUUUCGUACUCACCUUCAUGAGCUUCAAAUUGGUGAUUAAUUUGGAAUUCUUCAGCUCCAAGCUGCGAUCGUUACCGAUGCGGACCAGGAACGGUUUGCAAAUUGAUCGAUGGAAAGCCGACUUGCGUCAUCAGUAAGAUCUUUCCCAUCUUGCCAAUCAUCAGAAAUAAUCCAAGCCUUGAUAAAAUGAUAAUCUUCAGCCUGCGACAACGUCCGUUGCCCAGCUAGAACCAGUUGUGAAACUGAGAACGGAAGUCCAAUUUGCGUCCCGAGUAAGACUUUCAGAGCUUCGAAUCAGAAUAACGAUUCUUAGACAAAAAGUUCUCAAAAAUCCACACAAAGAUGACUUAACUGUCAAAGUAUCUGGGCUCUAUAUGCGGUAGCAAAUCUGGAACUAGAAUUCUCCGGAAGCCCAGUACUUCUAAUAACUUUCACUCUCUGAAGAGCCAUGCAUAACAAGCGGUUGAUAAAACUUUGCCACAAGCGAAAUUUUGACUACAUUAGACGCUUUCAAUCGUAUUUUCAAGAUAUUUGAAACAAAACAUAGAAAUUUCUGUUCAGUCGAACCUUGCAAGGACAAGCAAUGCCCAGACAACACCUACUGCCGCAGAGUCCCUGGAGGAGCCUUCUGCUUCCCGAGUAACUUUUGAUCGCUCUAUGGGAUCGACAAUUUCGAUUUCAGACCCCGACCCGUGCACCAAGGAUACUUGCCCUGGCGGAAUCUGCAAAGUCGAUGCUGAGAACAAGACUUCCUGCGAGCCAAGUCGGAAAUCCCUCUGAGAAAAUACUCAAAAGAAAUUUUCAGUUACACCUGGAACGAACUGCACAGACUACUACUGCCCGACCACAUGCGUCGUCCGGAACGGACGGCCGAGAUGCACUCGUCGUGAGUUUCUAGACCCCAAAAUAUUUCGUAGAAGACUGUGUCUAUAAUCUUUGGAACUAACAACCUGUUUGCAUUUUUCGUAAUGACCUCUUCGGAUGAGGGAAAGAAAUAAGUUCCCAACAAAAAAAAAUUAGUCACGCCACAGUUUUGAGUUGAGAAUAUUCAAACAAAGAUAAAAAUCGCAAGGAUUUCUCAUGAAAUUUCUGAACCUUUCCAGCUCCAAGCUGCGACCGCCACCAAUGUCCACCAGGAACCGUUUGCACCAUUGUCGAUGGAAAGCCGACCUGUGUCGCGAGUAAGAAGCUUGAUACUUUGAUGUUAAGAAAAGAAAAUCAGGAUGCUAGAUAGAGACAUCGUUCUUUAAAUCCAGCCUGAGAAAAAAAAACGAUCGGAUAUAGAAAGCACUUUGAUUUUUCAGCCUGCGAGAACAACAACUGCCGACCUGGAACGGUUUGCCAGAUCAUAAACGGAGAACGAACUUGCGUCCCAGGUGAGUAUUUCUUCGAAGGAAAAUCCAAAGCAGAUCUCGACAUAAAAACUAUUGAUUUAUUGUUAAGUUGAUCCUUGCGCCAACCACGCCUGCCCCGACAACACCUUCUGCCGCAGAACACCUGGAGGACCUUAUUGCUUCCCGAGUAAUUUUCAGGAAGAAAAAAGUAGUCAUAAGAUGAAUCUUCCAGACGUUGAUCCUUGCACCAACACCAGCUGCACGGAUGGACAGAUUUGCAAGCUCGACGCUGAGAACAAGACGACUUGUGUUGCUCGUAAGAGGGUUGUCUUGAAACAGGAUAUCAGAAAGAUAUUCAGCCGGAGGAGAGAUCUGCACGGACUACUACUGCCCGACCAAAUGUCUCCCUGGAAAUGGACUCGCCGUCUGCACACUUCGUAAGAAAUAUUAUCAAACAAUUAUUUUUCUUUAUACGCCCAGACCGCUUGAGCGUCUGUUAGCCGAGGUUCUAUCCUGAUAUCAGUGAUAAAGCUCCAGGGAAAUAUCCGUCAAUGUGUGUGACGGUUGGGGGUUAUGAAGUCCUAGUUUCCCACUACUAACAUUUCUUAAACCCCUUGGUUGGGUCGACCUUGUGACCCUAUAUACCGUAGAUAGGCAUACAACCUGUUGCGGCAUAGAAAGUAGCUCUAGUGUGAACUUGAAAAAUUACCUUUGCCAAAAAAUCUUCAAAGCCUGCGAGUCCAAACUGGUGAUAUUCCAGCACCCCGACCAUCUUGCCGCAACUUCCCUUGCCCGCCUGGCUCGUGCUGCCGACUUCGCGACGGAAAGCCAACUUGCAUCACAAGUAGUUCAAGUCAAGAUUCUGGAGCUGAAAUCUCUUUUCAGGACCUAAAAACGACUGCAGCAUCUACAGAUGUCUACCUGGAACUGUUUGCGUUAUGAUCGAUGACAAGCCAGCCUGUGUCCCGAGUAAGAAUAUUUGUUUCAAAACGGAAACAUUAAGUCAACGAUUUUCAAGUCGACGUUUGCUCCAACCACACCUGUCCCGACAACACCUACUGCCGCAGAACACCAGAAGGACCUUACUGCUUCCCGAGUAACUUUCAGGAAGAAAAAAGUGAUUAUAAGAAGAAUCUUCCAGACGUUGAUCCUUGCACCAGCGCCAGCUGUUCGGAUGGACAGAUUUGCAAGCUCGACACGACAACGACGGCAGAGGCUCGAACAGUAUCAGCCAAGGCCGACGAACCCGCCAAGACGACUUGUGUUCCUCGUAAGGGUUCCCCUAAAAAAAGGAGAUCAAAAAGAGUUACAGCCGGCGGACAGAACUGCACGGACUACUACUGCCCGACCAGCUGUCUUCCUGGAAAUGGACUCGCUGUCUGCACACUUCGUAAGGAUUAUUAUCACAAAAUUGUAGUUUUUUUCUUCACUCGGGGAGGUUGUUCUAGUGGGGCUUCGCCAAAAUGUUUCGAAUUCCAGAGAGUUAAAUCGGAGAUAUUUCAGCACCGCGACCGUCUUGCCGCAACUUCCCUUGCCCGCCUGGCUCGUACUGCCGACUUCGCGACGGAAAGCCAACUUGCAUCACAAGUAGUUCAAGUCAAGAUUCUGGAGUUGAAAUCUCUUUCCAGGACCUAAAAACGACUGCAGCAUCUACAGAUGUCUACCUGGAACUGUUUGCGUUAUGAUCGAUGACAAGCCAGCCUGUGUCCCGAGUAAGAAUAUGUGUUUAUGAAACGGUAAAUUUUAAUCAAUAAUUUUCAAGUCGACGUUUGCUCCAACCACACCUGCCCCGACAACACCUACUGCCGCAGAACACCAGAAGGACCUUACUGCUUCCCGAGUAACUUUUAGGAAGGAAAGAGUGAUUUCAAAUUGAAUCUUCCAGACGUUGAUCCUUGCACCAGCACUAGCUGCACGGAUGGACAGAUUUGCAAGCUCGACGCGGAGAACAAGACGACUUGUGUUGCUCGUAAGGAUUAUCUUCAAAAGCAAAAUCAUAAAGAGUUACAGCCGGCGGACAAAACUGCACGGACUACUACUGCCCGACCAGCUGUCUUCCUGGAAAUGGACUCGCCGUCUGCACACUUCGUAAGGAUCAUUAUCGCAAAAUUAUAGUUUGUUCUAAAAGGUUCUUCUAGAGUGAAGUUUGGAAAUCUUCAUCUAAACCUCAAAGACAGUUUGAACAAAUUUAGAGGAAAUUUCAGUCUUCCCACUAAUUUCACCUCUCAGGAAUUGAACUUUCUAUUGUUCCAAUCAGUCUCAAAAGCUCCAUUCGAAUCAAAAGAUUCAAGAAGGCCCAGGCCAAAGUUUAACGAUUACUAAAAAAAUACACGAACGGAUCGAACUUCGAAGAUUUCCCUUCAAGUUUGGUGAUAUUUCAGCACCCCGACCGUCUUGUCGCAACUUCCCUUGCCCACCUGGCUCGCACUGCAGAAUUCGCGACGGAAAGCCAACUUGCAUCACAAGUAGUUCAAGUCAGGAUCCAUUAACUAAAGUCUCCUUUAAGGACCUCCAAUCGACUGCACCACCUACAAAUGCCUACCUGGAACUGUUUGCGUUAUGGUCGGUGACCAGCCAGUUUGCGUCCCGAGUAAGAACUUGUUUUUGAAGAGUCCAAGUUUCUAAUCUGAAGUCCUCUCCUGGUUAGUUGGAAAAAUUGAUCAACAAAAAGUAAUUAUGGGUUUUGAAAAGUGAUGAGAAGUUUCGAAGAAAAUGUAGAAGUUCUGGUUGAAAGUAUUAAAAGAUCAUAGGACAAAGUAUAAGGGUUUCAUAGCAACUUUGCAAAAAGUAGAGGUUCAAACGACCGGUGAAAGAUUAGAACAGCUCUGCCUCCAAAUAACUAAAAUUAAAGUCCGCUAGUCCCUCGAAAAUAAUUUCUUAAGUCGACGUUUGCGCCAACCACACGUGCCCAGACGGUUACUGCCGCAGAACUUUCUUCGGAGCUCGCUGCUUCCCUGGUAACUCCACCAAAAACGAACACAAAUCAACGUUUUGUUCAAAGAUUUCCCUGAACCUUGCAACAAGACCGCCUGCCCCGAGGGAACGAUCUGCACCUUGGACGCAGAAAACAAGACGAUCUGCGCGCCAAGUAUGGAAAGUCCCUAAGGAUCAGCUGAAGUAGAGUUUUCAGCCGGUGGACACAACUGCACGGACUACUUCUGUCCGACCAGAUGCACCUCCCUCAACAACGACGCCUACUGCGCUCCUCGUGAGUUUUGAGACAGGAAAAAAAGGAAAAGAUUGAUCGAACCGAAUAGAAAACGGAUCAAUAAAAAGAAGCUAAAAAUGCGAGAAAUAAUUUAAAAUCACUGUCUCCUUAAGUAAGAUAUAGCUAACAUCCAAAAGAAAAAAAAAAGAAAAUUAAACAACAAAUACUUGGUUUCAGCAAAAGGAAACCCAUGCGAUCGAGUCCGUUGCCCAGCUGGAACAGUUUGCUCCAUUGUGAACGAAAAACCAGUUUGCAUUCCAAUUGGUGGGCUUUUUCGACAAGAUAGUUGCAAAAAUUGAAGGCUUAAUUUUCUUGAAAAAUGAUCAAAUUGAUCUCGAUUUCGAAGUUAAAUGAAAAAAUAGUAGCUUUUUGGUAUUGACCCAUUCGAACCAUUUUAUACAUUUUCGAAGAAAUUCAUUAAAAAAAAAAGAAAAAAGACUCAAGAAAAAAGGAAAACUAUAUGCUCUCUCAUUGAGAGAACUCAGAAAAAAGGAGAAGGACGAUGGAGCGCACAAGUGCGACACUGAUAAAAAAAAACAAUUGCAAAAUAAAUUCUCGAAACUUGACGUUUGGUUUUUUUUUUUCGCCUUUUUAUUUUUGAGUUUCGGGUUCUGAGUGGUCGAAAAGCACCUCGAGAGGUUUAAAAAAUGUUUUGAAGUAAUCUGAAAGAAAAUUUUAUUGUUUGUAACCUUUUUUUUUGAGAACUUCUAUUAUUACUGUGCUGCAGAAAAACAAAUCAGUUUGAUAAUGAAAUCGUUCAGUCGACCCUUGCGACGGCUUCUCUUGCCCGAAUGGCACUGCUUGCCGCGUUGAUUCUGGACAACCUACUUGCACUCCGAGUAAGUUUUUGAGAAAAUAUCUAAUGUUUGACGUUUUUUUUAAAUGGAUUGUGUGAUAAGUAAGACUUUCCAACUGCUUCUAUUGUUUGUAACCUUUUUUGAAAACUUCUAACAUUUUCACUGUGCUGCAGAAAAACAAAUCAGUUUGAUAAUGAAAUCGUUCAGUCGACCCUUGCGACGGCUUCUCUUGCCCGAAUGGCACUGCUUGCCGCGUUAAUUCUGGACAACCUACUUGCACUCCGAGUAAGUUUUUUUGAGAAAAAUAUCUAAUGUUUGACGUUUUUUUAAAUGGAUUGUGUGAUAAGUAAGACUUUCCAACUGCUUCUAUUGUUUGUAACCUUUUUUUGAAAAACUUCUAACAUUUUCACUGUGCUGCAGAAAAACAAAUCAGUUUGAUAAUGAAAUCGUUCAGUCGACCCUUGCGACGGCUUCUCUUGCCCGAAUGGCACUGCUUGCCGCGUUAAUUCUGGACAACCUACUUGCACUCCGAGUAAGCUUUGGAGAGCAUUUUUAAUAUUUAACGUUUCUUUCCAUAAAGUUUGGAUAGAGUAAGAUUUUCUAGCCGGCAAAUGCUACUUUGGGAAUAUAUGAGAAAAGAUCAUUUUUAAUAACAAAAAUAUAUUUAAUAGUUGCAUGAUUUUUUGAAAAACUUUCAAAGAAGUUUUUUAAACGCCUUGAAAUUUCGCUUUCCUUUCACAGUGCAGAAAAGAAGGGUAAAAUCAGUUUGAUAAUGAAAUUGUUCAGUCGACCCUUGCGACGGUUUCCCUUGCCGAGAUGGCUUUGCUUGCCGCGUUGAUUCUGGAAUACCUUAUUGCGCUCCGAGUAAGUUUUGUAGAAAACGUUUAAUGAUCGACGUUUUUUUUAUGAUUUUUGAAUAUAGAGUAAGAUUUUCUAGCCGGCAACUGCUCCACCACCACUUGUCCAGAAGGACAGUUCUGCCGGGAGACGCCAGCUGGACCAAGAUGCUUCGAAAGUGCGUAGUUUGAAUUCUCCUGAGUUCUACAUUUUUGGGGUUUUCCCAAAAUCUCAUCGGGGAAAUACCAAAGUUAAUAUUUUUAAUAAGUAAAACUGUAUUCAUUGAAGGCCCAUCGCCUUGCAAACCGAACAGCUGUCCGAGCGGAACCGUCUGCAUCCUUCUGACCGACGACACAUUCAAAUGCAUGCCAAGUAAAAUAAAUCCUCAGAAAUUCAAAAAAAUGAAAUUUUUCAACAACUGCAGUUAAUGGAACGGACUGCAACUCGUACUGCUGCCCCAGAGGAUUCAAGUGCAAAAUGGUGAACGAUAAGCCGGUUUGCGAAGAAGGCCCCCCACAGCCUUGCGGAAAUACGACUUGCGAGCCUCCAAACCGCUGCAUUCGCAGGAACGGCGAAUCGCAAUGUGUGCCACGUAAGGAUAGGAUCUCGAUUCGGAAAUGAUAUUGUCUUGCCCAACAGUACAUUCAUAAUAAGGAUACGUUAAGAUUAUUCACCAUCUUGAAGCGGAGAAAAAAGCUUAAAAGAACCAAGGUACUAACCCUACAACUUGGAGUGUUCUCAUUUCUCUGCGCCCUCUUCUUCUCUCAGCAGUUCCCAAGACCUCGCAAGUGAGAGAAAAGAGGGCGCAGACAGGUCAAAGAAUUCAAUGUUGUGAGUAAAAAACUUUGAAGACUGUUCAAAGUUAGCGAUCAUUUUUCAGUAAUUCAGCAAAUUUUCUUCAUUUGAGCUCUAUAAUAUUCAACUGAAGAAGGAAAAAAACAUCAUCGGGAUAUCGCGGAUUUCAGCCACCGGCCCCGGAUCAUGCGAACAACUGAACUGCACCAGCGGCGAAUGCGCCUACGUGCUUGUCUGCAUCGGAGAAGCCUGUCACAUAGAGCCGAGAUGCGUCACUGGACCACGUGAGUCUAAAAAUAGAGAACAAGGAAUCGUUUCUCGAAGUUUAAUAAGAAAAUUCUUCAAACACGCAUAAAUAUACUUAAAAUGAUUCUUUCUGGAAAUUUUAUUCACCUCUACUUGGUAUCUUUAAUGAGUCUUGCUACAUUCAGAAAAGGUUAGCGAGAAAAAGAGGUUCAGGUGAUGAAUGGAGAGUUGAUGUUUAAGCUACAAAAUAUAAUUUUAAACUACGAUUCUGAAGCUAAUUUAAUGUUUAUAUGAUCAGCAAUGAGAACAACUAGUAUGAUGAGGAGGUAAUUAGUAAAUGAACCAAUAUCCAGAACGAUUUCGUGAAAUUUCCUCACAAGCAUCCCAAAACAAGCCGAAAAUGUUUAGCGCCGUCUUGCGACCUCGUCAAAUGCGAAGAUGGAUACGAGUGCGAGAACACCCGAAACGGCCCGAGAUGUGUCCCGAUCAACCCGUGCAGCACCAAGAAAUGCCCAGCCGGACAGGAGUGCAGAAUCAGACGAGGAAGACCCGUUUGUGUCCCAGGUUCAAACUUUGGUUCCCGAGUCUCUCGGAGAAAAAAGUGCAAAAGACAUUUUUUUGACUUAAUUGAUUACAGAUAGAGAAGGCCCGGUGACAUGCGACGAUAUCAACUGCCCGACUCGUUUCUGCGUCUACAUCCGCAGGUGCUUCGCCGGUGUCUGCAGACGUCGUCCGUACUGCCGUAUCGAUCGUGAGUUUGGAAUGCAUUCAUCAGAUUUGAAGCGAAACAUUUUGACCCAGCAAAGACCUUGACUUUGGUAGUUCUGAAAUUCGAGUUUCCAACAUGGAAGCUUUUCCAUUGUCUCUGCAAAAUUCAGAAUAACAGUUAGUGAGUGAGAAAGAUAACUAAACACUGGAGAGUCGGAGAUAGUUAUAGUCCGUUUUGAUUCUUAACGUCAACUAAUCGCUCAAGCUCCGCCCCUUAUGCGUAGAUCAGCCCUAUCUAAGAGAGGGGCGGAGUUUGCUGAUUAAAAUUCUAAUCUGAAAAAUUAAGUUCAUCUCAUCGACAGCCUCAAUAUCAUCCCUAAAUGAAUGAAUUAAGCUCCAACUUGCCGAAACAUCAACUGUGGAGAGGGCUACAAAUGCGAGAUGGUCAACGGCAAACCUCGAUGCAUUAGAAGUUAGAAGAAUGGACCCCGAAAGAAACACCGAAAAUGAGUUUCAGUCCGCGAGCCGACCUGCGACGAGCUGCAAUGCCCGAGCGGCCUCUGCGUCCGCGUCAUCGUCUGCUCUGGAAAGGGCCGAGACCGCGAAUGUCAGCACAGCCUGACCUGCGCCGACGUCAACAGUUCGUCUGCCUCCGUCCCGGCAAAUGCUCAAAUCUGACUGAUUCAGACGCGACCUGCGACGGCACCCCUCGCCUCGACUGUGGAUUCGGAUACGUCUGCAAGCAGAACGGCACCGAGGCCACUUGUGUCAAAGGUAGAAGGGACUGCUUAAGGGGAAAACCAUACGCGUAGAAAAAAGAGCCAGAUAUAGGUCCUUCAAAGAAAAAAUUUAAAAAGUUAAAACUAAAAUUUUUCCGAAGUCGAAGGAGAAGCUGAUAGAAAAAAAAGUAGAGACAGUAAGAUUUUUUGUUGAAAAAAGUUUUUGCAAACUCAUCAGUAUUGGGAAAAGGGGACAAUUUUUCGUACGGAAGCUCCAAGAAGGAAUUGUAACUGUUCGAAUCUAUCGUUGCCAGUGAAGAAAUAGUUCAUUUAACCCUACAAGUUUGGUCAAAUUCGCCAAGGUAAAUGCGCUCUGGCGAGAUUUUUUCGGAAAUGAUAGCUCCGAGUUUUCCUUCAUUCAAAGUUCAAAAACGAAUUUCUAGACCCGCUUUGCGAUGGUCAUGUCUGUCCGGAAGGAAAAGUCUGCGCCGUCUUCAAUGGUCGUCCAGUCUGCGUCACUGGUAUUGUCAGAAUGAAAGUACGAAAAAUAAUCGAUCUUUCCCUCAGUCCCACCACACGGAGGACCUGGAAACGGAACCUGCGACCAUUGCCCGAGAGGCCUUUGCGCCCGAAUCUACGUGAAUGUUAAUGGAGAACGGACCAGGGUCGUCAAGUGUAUCGAUGAGGGUCAGUUCUUCCUUUCGACCUCCAGAUUUCCGCCGAAAGAAUGUUUUUUUCGGCUCAAAAAAUAAUAUCCAGAAGCUUCAAUAGCUUUGAAAAGAAGAUCACAGAAUUAGAGUGUUUUAUACUGACUUCCAUUUUUCGAAAAAGUUUGCUCAUAUGAAAAGUUUUUUUGGAUUUUGUCAUAAAUAAUGGGUUCAAUAGCUUUUAAUGAAGAUUAUACCCGAAAUGUUGUAUUUUUUCAUUUAUUUAUUUUUUUCCCAAAAGAGGAAACCCAAAGAUUUUUAUACUACAUGUAGAUUUAUAUGAUGAAUACGAUUUUGAUAGAAAAAGAAGAGUUGAAAAGUGCUAUUUUAAGAUCCAAACUGCGAUACGAUCCAAUGUCCUCGCGGCUACGUUUGCAAGUCGAAAAAAACAAUACGGCCGAAUGUGUUAAAGGUAAGCUUCGAGAAGAGUAAAAAAAUGAAGUUGAAAAAGUUAAGCAAAUUAGAAAGCUUCUGAACAAGUCGGAAAAAAAUGAUUUGAAAAAGAAAAAAAUUUAGUUUUUCUUCAAAAAUUUGGUAAUGAAUUGUAUGGCUGAUUUCUGAAAACUUUUAGAAAAAAGUUCAUUGAUUUCUGAAUAUUCGGAAAAAUUCGUUGUCUCAAAAAGUGUAUAUAUUGGUACUGAAACGAAAGUUAUACAUACACUUUGCCACUGUCAAUAAUUAUUCAAUCGUCUUGACUUCCUCUUUCAGUAUUGAAAUUUCCUGGUGCAAAAAUUAUUCUUGAAAAAAAGCUGAUAAAAGGAAUAAUUCAUAAAAGUUCUUGUCGACCGCCUAGUCCAUUACAUACAUGACCAGAACAAGCAAUAAAUAUUGACUGAUUCUACAGAAGAAGUCCCGCCCCUUUGCCGAAACCACAGAUGCAAGCCCUACCAGAGAUGCAUCGUCAAGGAAGGCCGACCACGUUGUGUCGACUUUGGUAAGGGAAGAAAAUAGUCCAGAAAAGAAGAAAAGGUCACAAAAUGAUUUCGUAGGUUACAGUAACCCUGAAAUUUAUCGAUAUUUCGGAUACAUUUAGAGAAUGAGAGUUAUUUUGUCAGUGAAAAUUGAACGAAAAAAUUUUAAUUUCAAGACGCUGGAUUAACAAAACGUUACUAAGAAACUCAGCUAAUCACCAUUUAAAAAAAUGGCUCUCAAAAAUAACCAAGUUCACUUCCAGACGACCUCUGCCGACGUCACAGAUGCCCACCACGCCAACACUGCGUCGUCCGAAACGGAAGACCAGAAUGUGUCGGCGGAGGAGGACCUGGCGGACCAAAAGGUACGCAAAUCCUAGAAAAACUCGUGAUAACGCUCGAAUUUUACAGACCCAUGCGACGACUUCGAAUGCCGAAGAGGCCAGGAAUGCGUUGUGAGAGGAGGAGACGCCGUCUGCGUCGAUCCCAGUAAGAACCCAAAAAAAUAGCCGCCUGAUUAUCCAUGGAGCGAAUUUGCAGCCGGCCCAGGUUCUUGCCGCAACCACGAGUGCAAGCCCUACCAGAGGUGCGUCAUCAGGGACGGCCGACCGAGAUGCAUCGACGAUGGUGAGGGAGAUGAUUUUUUCGGAAUGGCUAUAGUCCUGAAUUCAUAAUCAUAUCUAGUAAAUUUGUAAGGAAAAAUGGUUCGACGUUUAGGAGAUAGACUGAGAUUUUUGAAGACUAGGGGAGUUGAAAAUCAGCUGAAGCAAGAUAGUUUGAAUAUUUUUCAAAAAGUCGUGUAAAUGCAAAAAAAAAUGGUGAGCUCUUUUCGGUUAAGAAAACUGAAAAACUUGACAAAAAUGGCUUUCUUUCGACUAUGAGUCAUCUCUAGUUGGAAGAUUGCUUGAAAAUUAAAAAGUGCCUCUAGUAAAAAAAAAACCCUGACCUUUAAAAAUUCGUGACAGAGUUCCUCCAGCUCAAAAAUUUACAAAUUUCAAAAAAAAGUUCACCUCUGAGAUCUUGGUGAUUUCCCAAACCUUCUCUCGAACAAAAAUGUUCCAGCAACCUUCAAAAAUAUCUCAGAAGCCAGAUAAUCAAGUAAAUACUUGCAGACGACCUGCCGCCCCUCUGCAGACAUCACAGAUGCCGACGAGGCGAACGAUGCGUCGUCCGUCGCGGCAGAGCCGACUGUGUCAAAGACGAUGAGGGUUCGGAUGAAGAUUGAUUUUCCAAAAAUCCUUCAAAGCUUCUCCAAUUGUCCAAAAACAUCCAUAUUCCCAUUGGCGAUAAAAUAUUUAGAUAUCUGAGAGUUCUUUUGUAGCAAUGAAAUAUUCGGAAAAAAGCUUUGAUUUAUCAGAUUGUUUUGAAAUUUCGGACCCUUUUGGAGUUUUUAGAAUUGAAAGAAAUUGGAAAUUUCGGACACCUUGGACCAGCUUUUAGAACUUCGGACAAUAUUGUUUUUGAAAAUACAGAAGAUUUUAAAAGUAACCUAGAUAACUUCUCUUCAAAAUCUCGAUUUCAGACCCAUGCCAACACCACGAAUGCCGAUCUGACCAACGAUGCGUCGUAAGGAAUGGAGCCGCCGUUUGCGUCGACCUCCGUAAGAAUGAUAAUAAAUAAACUCAUGAGAAACAUCUAAAUUUUCAGCCGAGAUUCCGUGUGGAAAGAACGAAACUCGUGUCGAAUGCUACUCGGCCUGCGUCGAGAAGAAAUGCGACUUCUCUGGCCAUAAGGUGGUUCAGUCAAAAAGAGUUUUCAAAAUUUGGACCAGUACUAUGGGCCUUCGAUGUAGACUCUCACGCAGAUUUUUAAACUCCUUCAGGAAUUUCCAAGGCCUUGGGAAAAGUUAUGAUUCUAAAUUCGACUUUCUAUGUCUAUUUUAGCAGGUAGAACCAGCUCCGGUUGUUAAAGUAGCAAAUUUUCGCUUAAAAAAUGAAUUUGAGCGAAGUUACGAUUUUUUCGUGACCAAUUUUGAAUAGUUGAUAAACCUGGUCAACAAAAAAAGGCUCAAAAAAAAGUUAAUUCGAGCAAAAUUAUGAUUUUUAAGAUUCUCACACGCUUAUAAGACUAUUUUUAGGGGCGAGCUUCCGGUUUUCUUUAAAUUUGAACAUUGAUAGUUUCUUCAAAUCAUAGAUUUGUUUUUGAGACCGAUUUCUGCUGAUUUUUUCGGAAAAGUGUUAGUGGUCAGAUAACACAUUUAUCUGUAUUGUUCAAGACAGAAUGGGUGAAAUCACGGUUAUUUUUUUGGUAUUCAUACAGAAUAUCAUGAAUCGGAUGAGACUUCUCUGUCCAGCGAAAUAUAACAAUAUGUAACUUCAGGUCGAGCAGCCGAAAUGCCCGAAGAACUGCGGCCCUGGCUGCGGCUGCAAGGAAGGAUACGUCCGGACCCACAAACGACAAUGCGUCCUCCCGGCUGACUGUCCCAAGCCACCAAACUGUGUUUAA